CACCUGAUGCUGCCUCAAUACAACUGUGCGCUUCCAUUGAUGGGCUCUGUUGAAAACGGCUUCUCCAUGCAAACCAGGAAGUGACCUCUCCAGACAACGGAAUGACUCUUUUCUUAUCUCUGCAGCUGCAAUCUCCUGGGUGAUCAAAUACCAUUAGACAGUUGAAUGCACAUGCAUAUUCCGUCAAUUUUAUUGUGUUACUCUUUUUGUGAAACACUUUACAAUCAAGUGGUAUAUAAAAGUGGUGAAAUAAUAUUAAAUAUAAUGCAAACAUUAUUAAAUUUUUACUUACAUUUCAAGCCUAUUCCACCCCAAAUGUUCAGGAUGGGCUAAAACAUAUAGAAAUAUAUACAUUAAGCUAUUAAAAAGAUGAAAAAAUAGACAAUACAAUAUAUCCACGAUCUUUUUAGCAGUGGUCCAUCAGUUGUGGAAUCCUGUUACUUGGGAGGUGUUCAUAGUCUUCUCAUUGUUCUUUCUUCAACCUUAAGAAAAUUAUUUUCCUGCCAUGUAUUGUAAUGAAGAUUGUACUGGUUCAAUACAUUAGUUCCUACUGUUUUUAACUACUGACUUCUUUUUAACAGUUUUGACUAGAUUAAAGUUUUAAGAGAGUUCCUUUUAAAAGGUGGUUUUGUGUGUUUGUGUAACUAAAAGGUCACCUUGUAAGAGUAAUCCCCUUGGGAUUCAUGCUAUCUUCAGGCAAGGGCUAGAGAUAAGGGGGGCGGGUUGCAGAGAAUUCAGAGUAUGGUGAGAACCACUUGUCUGCUGGCUCCUGAUACCUUCUGUAUAUACAUAAAGGCUAAUGGCCUGAAGGCACUACCAUCUAAAUUUGCAGCCUUUCAUUCUCACUCAAAGUGAAUAUAGAGCUGGUGGAAGCUCUAUAUAGAUCUGGUGGAAUAUAGAGCUGGUGGAAGCCGCCCCCCGGCUGAGAUUAAGCACUGAAUGGUUAUAUAAAUCAAAACUAACAUUUCCCAAUAGUGGCCACUCAAAGAUAGUCCAGGAGCAAGAUAUUCUGAGCUACCUUUACAAAUGGAAAGGGGGCCAGAGUGUCCUCUCUGGAAUGGGCAUUUGUAGGAGGGGUUCGAAAAGAUUUUGUGCCUUCAAACAGUUAUAUUCUAUGUGUUUCCACCAUGGCUGUCUGGGUACUAGGUGUACCAGGCAGUUUACAUAAAGAGAUUGGCACAGUGCCCUUCCUGAAACAGACACUUGUAUGGCUGUUGAUUCUGGAGACAUUUUCAGCUGAAUAUCAUGAGUGCCAGCUAGAUGUGUGACUUGGGUGACUGACACCAAAUGAUCAGGAUUGUUUUCGUAAAUGGGAUAAUGGCACUGUGUCCAGUCUCAAACUGACACACAGAGGUGAGUUUAGGAGAGGAUUUAUUGCAGUAUACUAUGGACACCAAAUAGAAGAGUUAUGUCUAUGCUUUGGCAGACCUUGGCUGCUAAAAUUGCAGGAAUUGUGGGUUUGCUUUACUAAAUGGGGUGUGUAUCAACAGAAUCAAGUUUUAAGCCUGGGCAGUUUGGGGGAAGAGUAAUUUGCAGACAGAAAUAUAGGCACUUUUUAUGCACUGUUUCUGUACUUUAGGAAUACUGUCAUUGAACUUCAUAAAAACCUAAAAAAUCUAUGUAUUUCAACUUUUAACACAGCUGUUAAAUGGUACAUAGGCUGUAUUUUACAGCUACAGCAUGAGAGAAGAUGACUUGUGCUACUAAAGUGUUUGUAGUUUGUAUUUUAUACUCAUACGGGUGGAAGUGCGGAAUUUGUUGCUGGGUGGAUAUUGAGGAUGUUUUUGUUUUUAACAUUGUCUCAUUUUUUUCUUUGUGAGAAGGUAGUGUAGCUGAGCUCCCUGGUAGGGUAAAUUUACCUGCAGAAGUGAAAAUAACAUCUUGUUCAAAUUGGGAAUAUCAUUAAGAGCAUUAAGAUAAUGGUCUUGUGAGUCCCCAUCUUUGGAACAUGUUAGUUUAUGUGCCCAGGGAAGGGAAGUAGCUGGGUGGAACAAGGAGCUAUCAUCUCUGUGAGUAUGGGCAGAUAUGGUUUAGGGGAAACUAUUCAGAUCUUGUAAAAAGGGGUUGACCUUAGUAAUCUUCUAGCUACUGGAGUUUACCUUAGUAAUAUGGCGCCCUGUGCAAGGCCAAAAUGUAACAACUACCCCCUGCCAAGGCAUAUAAGGGACCUGCAGGUCUUUGGGAAGGAGUCGUGAGGCUCUGGCAGAUCAUAGAGCCCUGACACCUCCUUCCCAAAGUUGGUCAAGUGCUAACUAGGCUUUGGGAAGGAGGCAAGAAGACUCUAGGAGCCCUCACACCUCCUUCCUAAAGUCCAGAGCUUUGGGAAGAAAGGAAGGCACCCCCUUGGCCCCUAUGUGGAGUAACCAGUCAUGCUGCCCUAAAUCUGCCUCUGCUAGCUAUUAUAAAGCCAUUACCCAGCAUCAGCUGAUCCCCAGCUCAUUAGUUAGUUACUCGUUCUCUGACAGUGUUAUUGAUAAGUACCGGGUUAGUCCUGAAGAAAAUAUCAGUAAAGGACCAGCCUGGUAUGUCUUGCAGAGACCUUACUAAGGCUGGGUGAUUUACCUUUGACCCAGCUUUGUACCCAAGGGUACUCAGUCCAGCAUCAGCACAGAUUGGAGAGAGGGUGGGUGUCACCAUCAUUCAUAUAUCUUUCACUGUCCUCAUCAGGAAGUCAAUCCCCUUAUAACAGCAUUUGAGGGCUUGUUCUUGGUGCUGAUCCUGAAAAACGGACUAAUGCAAAAUAUGGCAGCCACAGUGCUAUUGAGGAGCAGUCUGAACACACAAUUCCCAUUCCAAAAUGAUUACACUGAUUAACAAUGAUUUUUCUAGGCCCAAUUCAAGGAGCUUACAUUUCUGCUUAAAGUCAUGAAUGGCCAGCGACCCCCAAACCUUAAAAAAAACACCUCCUCACAUACCAACUUGCCUAAGUCUUAAGCUGAAUGGAUAAGGCCCAGCUGGUGGUUCUUGUGCAGGGUGAUUGCACAGCGCUGUGAAAUGCAUAGCACUAAUUUCCUACAAGGGAAAGCACAGAAUCCAUAAAAUGGGAGGAUAACAUAUGGAAUGUAUAAGGUUCAUGCAUCAUUACAAUUAGGUGGAAAUUAUUUUUAUGGCGAAUGACCCCUAGACUUGUUGCAUAGCCCUACCCAUUCUUGAAUCCUGAUAAUUUAUUGGGCUUUAGAUUAGACCUGAAGAUGGAAUGAAAUGGUGAAAAUGACCUUUUACCGGCUGUGUCUAAAAUGCUGUUUUAAUGGGGGCCUAAUCUAAAAUCCAUUUUAAUCAACUGUUUUUCAUAGUAAGAACUUCUGUUUGUUCCACUGCCAACACUUUAAGAGACAAAAAUAUUAAGCUAAUAAAAGUUGCAUGUUAGAAAAGAAAGGUGAAACAGAGAAGCACCCAAUGUGAAGGUUUGGGAUGAAAAGUGUUGCAUCCCUGACAUUUAAACUGCAAUUCUGUACUUAUUUACCCUGGAUCUAUGCCCCACUGAACUCAGUGGGAUGAACUGCACAUGCCUAUCCAUUUCUCCUCAGCAGGGCCAACCCAAAUCUUUUUGGCAUCUGAGAUGAACCACAGAAUGGUGCCCACCCCCCACCCGACCAGGAAAGAAGGGGUUUGAGUGAAGAUCCACAUCAGGAACCAAGGUGGAAAAUCAAAUCAACCCCACCAGUCAGUCGAACUGCAAAUCAAAGGCCGUCAUGGGGCAGGGCGGGAGAAGGGUCCCACUCUCAACCAUGCCAGGUGGGUGCAGAUAGAGCAGGAGACUCCAGAGGGCAGCCCCUGCCAUUCCCUCCCGGGUCUGCUGCUCCCGUGGAACCUGCCACUCGAGGCGGUCGCCUCACUUUGCCUCAUGCUGCCCCUGCUACACAGAAGCAAGUCCUACGGAAAUCAGCGGGGCUUCCUCCCCAGUAAGCAGGGCGAAAACUGCAGCUUUACUGCCGAUAUGUUCCGAGUUCGUGUGCUGUUCGGCCUCCCGCCGCCCUCCACCUCCGACCGUUAGGAUCCAACUGUCCUCGAGCGGGGGGCGGGGGCGGCGGAUUUUCUACUUCGUCGGUGCUUUCGGCGCCUACUGCCACGUGACUUCACGCGGCGGCGGCGGCGGCGCAAAACUUCGUUCGCCACACCGUACCCUCCUGAAAGUCGUUAUUUCUCAGAGCGUGGAAGCGCGCGCGAACGGACCGUUGCAGCCGUUGAGCUCUGGGAGGCGACCGCGAGUUCUCUCUGAGGGAGCGCAGCGAGCGAGGGAGAAAGAGAUACUUUUACCUUUCCCUCUCUCUCUCCCUCCUCCCCCCUUUUACCCACCAUGCUCCGAGUCCGGACUCUCAGCUUCUGCCGUCGCCGCCGUUUGGGCUCUGCUCGCCGCCGCCGCCGCCUCGCUCCGCGUGCCUUUCUUUCGACGAAGAUGAGCGAGGCAAAGCCGGGAGGGAAGAGAAGCUGACGGCCUCCCCGCUUUUCCCGCGCGACCACCAUGAGGGAAGAGAAAGAAGCCUCCCCCUCCUGCUCCCCCCUCGCUCCUCACAGGCACAACAACAAACUUGCCAGCCCGCCUCCUCCUGCCCCGGCCGGCGCGGAGCCCAGCCUGAGGAACGGCUACGUGAAGGGCCACGCCACCCCGCUGCCGCAGAGCCCGCCGCUCGGCUCUUUCUCGCUGCUCCGGGCCGCUUGCCGGCGGGGCUCCCUCUCCGCGGCGCUGGGCGCCCUGGCUGCCGCUUCGGCGGCGCUGCUGCUCUCGUGCUGGCUCGCCUGGGGAGAGGGCGAGAGGAAGGCGGCGGCGGCGGCGGCUCCGGGGGCGCUGCUGUUGCCGCUGGCGGGACUGGGCCAGUGCCUGAGCCCGCUCUUCACCCUCGCCUGCGCUUUCUUCUUCCUCACCUGCUACCUGGCCCGGGACGAGCCCGGCGGCCCCCGGUGGCUCCUGGCGCUGCCGCUGUGCUGCCAAGCGGGGGACUUGGCGGCGCUGCUCUUCCCCUGCCGAGAGGAGGCGGCCCCCGACCCCCCGACGGGCCAACUGCAGGUGCUGGCGGGCCGGCUGCUGGCCACGCUGAGCACAGUGGCCGGGCUGACCCUCGCGCAGCGCAGCCUCGGGCACCGCAGGAGACUCCUGCUCCUGGCUUUCUCCGCCCUCGUGUGGCUGCUGUCGCUCUCCAGCCUGGGCUCUCUGGCCCCGGCCCUUAGGCCCCUGCUGUCCGGCGCCGUCGGAGUGGCGGGGUGCCUGUUGGCGCUGCUGGGCGGACGGCGCUGCGCCUUCGCCUCCUGCUGCUGUUGCUCGCCCGGGCGGGAGCCCCAGCCGCACCACCAGCCCCAGCCGCCGCCGCCGUCGCCGUCGCACGACCACCGCCAGUCUCCUUACCCCAAGUCGCCGAGCGGCGCAGCAGAGGAAAAAGUGCCCGUGAUCCGACCCCGGAGGAGAUCCAGCUGCGUGUCUUUGGGGGAGACGUCCACCAGUUACUAUGGGAGCUGCAAAAUGUUCAGGAGACCCUCGUUGCCUUGCAUUUCCAGAGAACAGGUAAGCCUUCCUCCGGCAGGGAGGUGAAGGGUAACUUUUCUCUUACAGAAAACUUUGGCCUCAGCCAGGGACGCUGGAGAAAGAAGAUCGCAGUUUGCUUGCUAGGCGCUCAGGCCACUAAUUUUGAUGCUUUAGGUUUAUCUUAAAUCCGGGGUGAAACUGAACAUUCCGAUUUGGUCUGUACUUAGAACUCCAGUCUCCUGGUAUAAACUUCCAGAGAGGGAGCUGCUGAAGAAAGAACAACAAGAGUCUUGUAUGCCCUGAUAUUAUUGGCUUUUGAGGUGCUACAUGACUAUUUGUUCUGCUUCCUGAUAUUCUACUCCUUUUGAAAACUUGCAUGCUCCAUGCUCAGUUACAUAGGAACAUAAAAAUGAAACCUUAUUAGGACUUUGUAACAGGACAGCAAAAAUGGUGAAGUGAUGUAUUUUGGGUCAGUAACUUCUACAGCAAGAAAGACUUUUCAGUUGCAAAGUUAGUAUGAAUUUCCAGACUGAAUUUCCACGCAACCAUGGAGCUUUUGGAAUUAGCCAGAUAGUGCCAUGGAGAAGGAUGGGGGAAAGUGUGAACAUGCAAACAGAAUUUUUUUGCCAAUGAAGAGGAUGUUUGUUCACAGUUUUUCGUGCAGCAUUGCUUAUCAUUUGAUCCACUGAAAUCCAGCAAACUGGGCAAGCUUCACUUGCUAAAAAAACAAAGGAGCAUUUUAACAGAAUUUGAGAGGCAACCUGUUAUGCUUUGAAAACAUAGAGGACUAAUAACGGUUUCAUGUGGUGCCAAGAAACAAGGCUGAGGAAAGAAUACUGCGAAUCCUGUAUCAACAUUAGAGAAUAGGGUUUCAGUAUGUUAAGCUAGUAGCAUUUGUUGUAUGAAAAGCUGAAAUUCAGCUCUGAAGUGAGACAAAGCAUUUACUGGCUGUACUGUCAUAGGAAACAACUGGCAUAUGUAGUGUGUAUGUGUGAUUGAAUCAAGCCAUCUUUGUCAGCAGGAAUUGUGCUUGAAGGGAUUUUUAGUGGGCACAUUUUUUUCUAUUCUUCUGUAAUUUACCUUGUGCAUAAUACAUUAUCUUGCGUCAGCAAAGUGAAUACCCCAAAUAGAAAUAGUCAGAUACUGGAAAAACUUUAAGAGUUGACAGCUAGUAUGGGAUUUCCUCCUAACUGGAAAAAUUGACUAUCACACAAAAAUUGGCCAGUAACAAAUUAAGAAAGCAUUUGAGGAGUUUCUAUUGAACUGGCUCCACCUUAUGUUGCAUCAAGAAACUUACUAUUAAUGUGUAUCCUAAGGCUGCAAUUCUAUGCACAAAUACAGUAGUGGGAGUAAGCCCUAUUGAAAUCAGUAGGACUGGUUUCUGAGUAAACAUAUACAAUAUAUGGUUGGGCAGUCUAGUUCUCAGACACCAAGCUUUUCUAUACUGAGGUUUUGUGUGAAGUGAAAAAGCAUAUGGAUAUGCUGGAACUUAGAAAUGUACUGUAUGGCUGCUUAGUUUGUUUUAUUGUAAUGUGAUUGUAUUUUUUGAUUAAAAUCUUAAAUUCUGUGUGUCUCCAGCAAGCUGUUCUUGAACACAGUCUAAGAUUUAUUGCUUAGUUUUCUAAAACUUUUUGUUCAUAUUUACUAUGAUAAAGGAAAUUUACAUUGCAUUUUUAUUUUAAAUAAAGUAGAAAUUAACUGAAAGUAUCAUCUUUGUUAUAGAGCAUAGGAUUAUUAGUAGGCCUUCAGAAAUAGUUUUGUAGUCAGAUAUUUGAAGUAGCCUACUAAUAAAUAUAGUAAAUAAUGUAAUGUAUACAGUAUAAAUAAUAGUAAAUGCCCUUUGUAUAUAGGGCUUUUUUAGCGUAAAACAUUGCAAAUAGAGGAACAUGAAUAUUUUAAUUUCCACACCUUUUUCUUUAGCUUUUUUCUUUAAACAUUAAAAAGCCAAUUCAUAUUGCUCAAAAGGAGUUAAUAGGUGUUGUAUAUCAGUUAGUAACUCUUAAUGUAGCCCAUUACCUUAGUAUUCAGAUCAUGGCCUUAUUAUGCCAAAAGUUUGUACCAAACUAAUUUUAUGUAGUUUUUUAAAGUACACUCCCUUCUUUCUGCAGGUAAUAAUGCAGGAGAUUCAAGCAAGUUUAAAAAAUCCAUUUAAUAAUACAGUAUAUUAUAUUAUAUACAUAUGAUCGAUCUUAAUGGUGCAAAUAUCUCUUCCUAGCUUUCUAGCCGAGACCAUAUAACACCGGUCCUGAGAGACCUGCAUUGGCUCCGAGUACGUUUCUGAGCAUAAUUUAAAGUGUUGAUGCUGACCUUUAAAGCCCUAAACGGCCUCGGUCCUGUAUACCACUCCCAUCAUUCAGCCCGGACACUGAGGUCCAGCCCUGAGGGCCUUCUGUUUGUUCCCUCACUGCAAGAAGUGAGGUUACAGGGAACCAGGCAUAGGGCCUUCUCAGUAGUGGUGCCUGCCCUGUGGAAUGCCCUCUCAUCAGAUGUCAAAGGAAAUAAACAACUAUCUUACUUUUAAAAGAAAUCUGAAGGCAGCCCUGUUUAGGGAAGUUUUUAAUGUUUAAUGCUGUAUUGUGUUUUUAAUAUUUGGUUGGAAGCCACCUAGAGCGGCUGGGGAAACCCAGCCAGAUGGGCAGGGUAUAAAUAAUAAAUUAUUAUUAUUCUACUUUUUAAAGCAGUACACUGUGUGUUUAAUCCUGUACGUAUCUGCACAGAAUAAAUCACAUUAAGUUCAUUGGGGCUUACUGUCAAAUAAAUGGGCAAGGAGCUGCUGUCUAAGAGUUAAUUUAUUUGAGCAUUUAAAGAAUUUGUUUCAUACGUAUAGCACUUGAAUUUUCACUUUCAGAAAACACAAAACAAAUCAAAUUCUUUCAUUGAGGGAGUGUGGUGGAAAUGCAAGAAAGUCAGUCUGUCCCUCAGUACAAUUUUAGAUCUAGAAACUUACUUUAAAAUUGCACAAUUGGUACAUUAUUAUGGUGUAAUUCUGUUGUGCCAGUUCCAAAGCACAGAUCAAACAAGAUGGAAACAAACACAUAUUAUAUACACGAAUUUGGGCACGAAUGUGCCCAUUAAAUUAUUUGUAAGUUUCUUGAACACUGGAAGCUUGCACUAAAAAGUAUUUGUUUGCCGUAUGAGACUACAGUGGAACCUUGGUUCUCAUUUGACUCCCAAAACCGUUCGAAAACCAAGGCGCAUAUUCCGAUUGGCUGCAGGAGCUUCCUGCACUCAAGCGGAAGCCAUGUCGCACGUUCGGCUUCCGAAAAACAUUUGCAAACCGGAACACUUACCGUAUUUUUCCAUGUAUAAGACGACCCUUAUUUUUUUAAAACCCAAAAUUAAGAAAUUAGGUUGUUUAGCUUUUUGGGAGGGUGGGGGAGAUCACUUCUGCCGGUCGCUCCCCGCCUGCCUGCCACUGCUGAUCGCUUGCCACAGCCACUACCAAUUGCACAUCUGUCCGCAGCCGCCAAUUGUCUGCCCGCUUGCCACCACCAACAGCAGACUCACCCACUUGUUGCAGCCGCCAAUCACCUUCCCGCCUCGCCACAGCUGCCAAUCACCUGCCCAGUUACCACAGCCACCAAUCACCGACCCAAUUGCUGCUGCCAAUAUCCUGCUUGCUGCUGCCAUUAAUCACACGUCCCCCCUCUUCAUUCACUAUCCAUGUAUAAGAUGACACCCAAUUUUUGCCUAAUUUUUUUUUUAGCAAAAAGCAUCGUCUUAUACAUGGAAAAAUACAGGACUUCCGGGUUUGCGGCAUUCAGGAGCUGAUUUGUUCAACAACUAAGCUGUUCUGGAACCAAGGUACCACUGUAGAUACAUGAUGUACUGUGGUAAGAGCAACUGUGUACAUUUCCCUGAUACAGAAAUGGUGUAAUGUUUGGAAAGGAACCUGUAUGGAAGAGGUGUGCAAGUUUCAGAUGAGGAAAUUACUUGUUUAUCUCCCCAGUGCAAGUUCCUUUUUUAAUGUCACACUAAUCGUGGCAAAACAGGAAGCACAUCUCAUUCAUGAAUUGUGCUUCUUCUCUCACAUCAAAAGAACAUGUAGCAUUUGUAAUUUGCUGUAAUUAUUCCAGUCUCCCCUUCUUGGGGAAAGUUCUUGAGUAGGUGGUCACUGACCAGAUCCAGGUGCUUCUGAAAGAGAGGAGGUUUUUUUCCUUCAAUCUGGUUGCCAACAGUUCGGCAGAGUCCUUUGACAAGCUGAGGUCGCGAACUAGAUCAUUCAACUCCUUUUGGGAAAAUGGAUGUGGAGCAUCAUCUUCAAGAACCACUUCUUCUUCUUCAUGUCCUUCAACACUGGAGGCAUCUUCGUCACUAAUGUCAGGAAGUUCUCCAAAGAUAGGCACUGGAAUUUCAUCACAAUGAGCUACAGGACGACGUGCUGAUUGAAGAUCAGGAUUAACUUAGUUUUGAUCCCCCAACUUUAUGCUUUGCCGCACCAAUUUAUGGAAGAUUUCGAGGUUUCAUGACUUCAAACUGAUCCCUUUUUGACAUAAUCACCCAGAACUAUCGUACCUGAAUACUUCUUGUCAUUAAAAUAAUCAUUUCCAAUCAAAACAAUUAUUCGACAUGGCAUUUUACCCCCACCAACUUCUUCUAAAAUGCUCCACACAAGCGUACAUGUGAACAAAAACAUAAAAAAUGACAUGUCUCCAUAGCUCAAAAACUUGACCUGAUUGAGCAAAACCAAUGUGAUUUUUGGAUUCAGCGCAUCAGAUUCUUCCUAAAUCAACUGAAAAAACGCAGACAACAAAUUUGUUGUUGACCAGUGUUAUUGUUUCCAGACGGUGAUGCUUGGGGAGUGCUCUUCAGCCCUGUGGAGCCUUCAGUAUGGGGCUCAUCAGGGCUCAUUUUUAUUUCCUGUGCUGUUUAAUAUCUACAUGAAACCUCUGAGUGGGGUUAUUCCGAGUUUUGGAGUAUGUUGUGAGCAAUACAGUGGUGCCUCGCAAGACGAAAUUAAUCCGUUCUGCGAGUUUCUUCGUCUUGCGGAUUUUUUCGUCUUGCGAAGCACGGAUGCACCCUGGUACUGUAUUAUAAUGGGAUAGCGGGCAAAGCACAAAGCGGGUCGCUCCCCAGCAGGAGGAGUUUCACAGCCUGGAGGAUCUGUUCCCUGGAAGAGGCAAAGACACCCCCUCCCACCUCCCCACGAAAACAGCCCCCCUUCCUCUGUCGCCAAGCCUUGCCGCGUCUUCGCUCGGCCAAACCGCGUCCCACAUCAAAGCCCCAGCCCACGCCUCUCCCUCUCUCUCCAUGAGGUGCCAAAGGAAGUUCGAGCCCAGGAACCGAGGGCGGACGCACGAAGCGCCCGGCGCGGACUCUCCCUUGCUCCCCCCGUUACCUUGCGCCACGCCGCCAGGCUCCCCACAGUCUCGGCAGCUGCUCCCGGCUUCUUCCCACCCCCGCAAAGGCGCCUUCGCGGCGGCCCAAGCGCAGUGGAUGCCUCCUCCUCCUCCUCCUUGGUCCCCCUCCUCCUGCCUUCGCGCAGUUAGGGCAAAAUGGAGCAGCCACGUGGGGAGGGGGAGAGAGAGGCAGAGACAGAGGCGGCGGCGGCGCAGAGACCCAGCCACAUCCGCUGGAUCCCAGCCCACCUGCCUCCUCUGUGCCCUCUCCAGAAGAGGAUCCCUCUGGAAAAGGUAGGUCGCUCCCUCGCUCGCUCCCUGCCAGCCCAGUUCCCGCUUCAAAAGGAAACAAACUCGCAAGACGUUUCGUCUUGCGAAGCAAGCCCAUAGGGAAAUUCAUCUUACGAAGCACCUCAAAAAACGAAAAACUCUUUCGUCUUGCGAGUUUUUAGUCUUCCGAGGCAUUCGUCUUGCGAGGUACCACUGUAAGCUGAUGAUACCCAGCUCUACUCUUUUAUAUCUGGAGGUGUGGCAGUGGAUGUGCUGGCCAUUGUUUUGCCUCAGUAAUGGAUUGAGUGAGAGCCAACAAACUGAAGCUCAAUCCAGAUAAGAUUGAGGCACUAUUAGUGGGUGGUUCCCUAGAGCAGAGGGUUGGGAGGAGGCCUGCUCUUGAUGGGGUUACACUUCCUCUGAAGGAGCAGGUACAUAGCUUGGAGGCACUUCUGGAUUCUUCGCUUUCUCUUGAGGUGCAAGUGGCCUCGUUGGCAAGGAGUGCCUUCCAUCAGCUUCAGCUUGGUGGGGCCUCACUGUGCUGAUGUCUUGACAGGGAUAGCCUAACUUCUGUCAUCUAUGCUCUGGUAACCUCUGGAUUAGAUUACUGCAAUGUAUUUCAGCUGGUGCAGAAUUCAGUGCCAGGUUGUUCCCUGGGGCAAGACUGUUUGAGCAUAUUGCACCAAUCCUGGCUCAACUGCACUGGUUGCCAAUUAGUUUUGGAGCCCAAUUCAAAGCGCUAGUUUUGACCUAUAAAGCCUUAAAUGGCUCAGGACCACAAUACCUGAAGGACCUCCUGAACUGACCUGGACCCUGCAGUCAUCACCUGAGGCCCUUCUUCGUGUGUCUCCUUGCAGUGCCUCCCUGUUUGUGGAAUGCUCUCCCCAGGGAGGCUCGCCUGUGAUCACUUCCAUGUGAUUUUCAGAUGAAGGGCGCUAUACAAAUUUAAUAAGUGAUAAAAUACACAAUAUCAACAUGGUACUUGCUCAUAGCAAGAACCUCUCCUGAUUUCCAUGAGAGAUGACAUAACAAUAAAUUGUUUCCCUUCUUCCAGUGUAACCAGGAGGGGAAAAGACUAGCAGGUCAUGGGAAUUUUACCAAUCAGGAGCCACUGAGGGUUAAUGCUGUCAAACUCCCCAUGGCUGCUAAGGGGCACCUAACACUUGUCAAUAUGUCAAUACAGAAAAGUGGGGAAAGGGAGAGGCGUGAAUUUGGAGAUAUCUGGGCAGCACUUUUUCUUCUGAAUUUAUAGGCAAGGAAGGGAUUGUCUGCCUUGUCAACUUCUGUACAAUGGAGAUGGGAUCCUUUUUAUGCAGACACAGUGGUUUCUUUAUAAAGGGCAGGCUCUGAAUAUCUACAUCUUAUCCACAGUCUGGUUAGACAUUGAGUUAAACCAAUGCCACAAUAUUUCUGUUAAAUAAACAUUUAUUGUAAGGAAAUCAGAAUAAUACGAUCUUUCAAGUAUAAAAGGAAAUAACCUGUUUCAAAAAAAUGUUAACACCCGCCCCCCCCCUUGCUGGUAUCUAGAAUACAGAAGGGACAAGAUACAAAAUACUUUCUUAGUUCUAGUGUUUUUUUGAGUCUUUGUUCAAGCCUUUUUCAUAACUUUCAUACACCGUCAGACUCAUGCUGCCUGGGCUGGCUAUCCCUGGCUGGGAACAGUUUCAGCUACAGAUGUAGUUCAGGUAAGCAUUAGGAAGUGAGAGUAUUCUAGAAGAGAGUGAAUUUAAUUUCCCAGGAGAUUUGUGUCCCACCCUUUAAUAGGAAAAUCAUCCAUCAUUUACCAAGGUGUCCACACCCCUUUAGAAAUAUAGCUGAUCAAUAUUGCAGAGGCAGGGCAUGUGAAAGCUAAUCAGGGCUAGAAAAGAUAUGAAAGGCAGUUCACGCACCUAAGCUUGGGGAAACUUCCGCUUAGCAAUGAAGUGCAUUUCAGUUAAAGAUUCUAGAGCAGGGCGGUCCAACUUUUCAUACCAAGUAGGCUGCAAGUGUAUUUCAGCAUUGGCCUGCACACUGCCUUGUCGUGCACUGUGCGGGGGGGGGGGCAGGGGGGAGGGAGGCCAAAAUUGGAAUUCCCCCAAGCCCUCCUGCGAUUCCCAAGCUGCACUGGUCUUUGUCAUGACAGGCUCUGACAGGGUCCUAGAGCCCUCCCACCUACUUUCCAAAGCUGGGAAAGCACUAAUUAGGCUUUAGGAAGGAGUUGGGAGGACUCCAGGACCCUGUCAGAGCCCUCACACCUCCUCAAAGCCCAGUGCCUAACUUUGGGAAGGCAGGCAAGGGCUGGAGGAGGCAUCAAAUGUUGCCAAGGGAUGCCCAAAAAGGCCUCAAGGGCCACAGAAGAGUUUAUAUUUACUGUAUUUUUCGCUCUAUAGGAUGCACUUUUCCCCCUCCAAAAAUGAAGGGGAAAUGUGUGUGCGUCCUAUGGCGCGAAUGCAGGCUCCUUGGCUUCAGCGAUAUCGACGCGAAGCCUCCAAAGUGCAGAGGGAGCGUUCCCUCCACGCUCCGGAGGCUAUGCGUUGCUUUCAAUGAAGCCUGGAGAGCGAGAGGGGUCGUGAGCACCGACCCCUCUCGCUCUCCAGGCUUCAGGGAUAGCCGCCUGAAGCCUUUGGAGUGCAGCGGGAACUCGCGCUGCGCUCCAAAGGCUUCGCAACCUUGCCGCCGCUCCCGGACCUGUUCUGGGGUCGGGGGAUUUUUUCCCCCUUGAUCCCCCCCCCUAAAAACUAGGUGCGCCUUAUGGUCCGGUGUGCCUCAUGGAGCGAAAAAUAUAGUAACUCCUCUCUGAAGACUGAUUAGCUUCCUUUAGUCAAUGAUUAGCUUCCUUUAGUCAGACAGGGACAAUAUACAUCUGGUUGGUGGUAGCUUCACAAACUCUUUUUUGACUGGAGCCUGCAUAUGUAAGUAUGUAUUUAUAAACAUAUACAGUGGUGCCUCGGUUUAAGAACAGUCCUGUUUACGGACGAUUCGGUUUACGAACUCCGCAAAACCAGAAGUAGUGUCCCAGUUUGCAAACUUUACCUUAGUCUAAGAAUGGAAUCGGAAUGGUGGAAGGGCACUGGUGGCGGGAGGCUUCAUUAGGGAAAGCGCGCCUCAGUUUAAGAAUGGAUUUGAUCUAAGAACUGACUUCAGGAACGGAUUAAGUUCAUAAACUGAGGUACUACUGUAUAAAUAUAUAUAUGUAUGUGUUUAUAAACAUAUAUAAAUAUAUAUAUAUGUGCUCAUGGUCACCCAGUGAGCUUCAUGGCGAGUGCAGAUUUGAACCCUGGUCUCCCAGGUCCUGGACCGAUGCUAGUUACCACGAUGUACAACAAUUUGUUUAAGUAUCUUGAACUUGAAAUGCCAGCCUUUUGCUGUCUAAAUAGAAGACACAGUUCUUGUUCGUAGCCUGUAUUUAUUGCUUGCUAAGAACUUGAAGUGCAAUCCUAACCCUUUAUUUUGCCAUUGGAGGGAACGAGGAUAAGGUAGAGGUAACUCUCCGUCAGAACUCCACCAGUGGGGAUGGCUCUGCAGAUCCCUCAGAACCUUCCCAUUGCCACUGUUCUCUUCCAAAAACGCCCUGACAGGAUAUUACAGCACAGGGCAUGUGGCUUUGGUGCUGGUGGGUUCAAACCCUUGCCGUUCCCCUGUAGCUGAUACAAGUGGAGUGAGACAGUAGGGGGGGGAAUAAAAGAAAAUACCUCCAUCUUCUGCCAUGGCUGGUGCAAUCAGCAGGAUGUGAGACAAUGUGGCUGCUCUUCUGCUUCCCUCUGCCCUCCUGCUCUGUAGCUGGGGCUUAUGUUUGCUCUGCCCCCCACCCCUCAAAUUCCAGAAGAUGAGUGGUGUUGCUCUGUUGUCAAUAAAAAGGAAUUGUGGCAUUGUACAAGCUAACUGGAUCAUCGUGAAAUUAAUUGAACCUUUCUAAAAGGAGUACUAGAUGGAACACUGCAACAGUAUUUUACAUUUUAAAUAGUGUGUGGAUUAUGGCUUGCGUAAAGCAGCAUGUGCUAUCCAAUUUUCACAGUUUUCCUUUGAAAUAAUCCCAUACUUUUAAUCCCAUACUAAACUUUUCUCACUCCAUGCUGAAACAAAUUAGUUUCCCACAAGCCAGAAUUGUAGUACAAAAAUACAGCAGUGGAGGAAGCCGCUCAGGCGCCUGGGGCGGCGUACCCAGGGGCGGGACAAGCUGCCCAUAGGGGCAGGGCACACCGCGGGGCCUCCAGAGUUUGCCUGCCUCCUCCAACUCAGCCGCCCUGCAGCUGGGGGGGAGGCAGUGGGUGGACUGUUUGGGCAGUGCGGAGCCUGUGUGUGCCCAAGCCACCGCUUCUCUCCCAGGAGAGAUGCGUGGCUCUGGCAUGCUGCAGGCCCUGUGGUGAGUGCCGCCCGGCAUUUUGUCAUCCCCCUCAGCAGUGACACCCGGGGUGGACUGCACCCACCACACACCCCUUCCUCUGCCCCUGCAGAAAUGUUCUCAAUUAAUGUUUAUGUCUUUUACAGUCAGCAAGGUGAAAACAGAAUGCUGCCUUCUCCAAUGGCAGCAUGCUAAUGCUCUUUAGAAGUAGCCCCAUAUGGCACUAACCCAAAGAUUGAAAAUUAUUUAUUUAUUUAUGGCAUUUUUAUCCCACUCUUUUUUUAAAAAAAUGUUACUAGAGUGGCUGAAAAAUGUCAGUGAUAUGACAGUCUCUGUCCUCAGAUUUAUAAUCUAAAAGACAUAACACAAAAGGAAAAGAGUUUGUCAGGGAGGAAGAAAAAAGCAAAUUGAAACACUAAUUCUGAGUUACAGAAUUCUUUUGAUGAGCAGCUGGAAUGGAAAUAUUCAAGGACAGAAGCCAAAUGUUGUUGGUCUUUUAGUAGAGCAGAUGGAGAGGCCUUGCAGUCUUAGCUCUCUCUUCUGUAGCCUGAUGGAAUGGCUACUGUAGAUGACAGUUGAGGGAAGAGCCUGAUGGAGCUUGUCUUACAAGCCUCCCAUAAGCAUUUGGUUGGUCACUGUGAGAACAGUAUGGUGGACUAGAUAGGGAUUUGGUCUGAACCAACAGGACUCUUCUGUUUGAAUUCUUUGCCCAUUCCAUAGAAUAGCUAAUAGUUUGGGUUUUUCUCACUCCCAUUAGGGCUCAUUUGAGCUAGAGAAAAAGUGGGUACGGUGCAUCCUGGGAUAUCCCUACUUCAAUAUUGAAUCUUGGAUUGCAUCCUUACUGUAGCAGCCAUUGCUAUAAAGGCCCAUAUGCACUACUGCUGUCUGAAAGAAUGGUGGUCUGAAAAUUGCCUAUGUCAUUUUGGUUUGUAGAGCUAUCCUGUAUAAAAAGCUAUUCUUUUUCAACCCAAGGUCCACAUUCCGUCAUAGGGAGCCUUCCACAGCCCACAUGCAAGCGAUAUGUAGGGGACAAGAGGCAAAAAUAGGUGAAUAAAUGAAUGUAACUCUUUCCUCCAUACCGUAGACUGUAUUGUAGCAUUGCAACCAUUAUAGGUUUCUACACUGUCCCACCCAUACAGUUACUUAAUCCUCUAUCCAGGCAAGCAAAAGACAUUAUUACAGUCAAGGACACCUUUCAGACAAGCAGAAGCACUCAGGGAAAGCACGGAGCAGGAGUAGGGUGGCCUGGGGCAAAAAAAGGCUAAUGCUAAAAAAAAUUAUUUGGUUGGGCAGAAGUGGAACAUUCUCAGUUUAAGAGUGGCUAAUGCAAAAAAGGCCAAUUCUAGGCUAUUCUAGGCUGCAACUUAUUAUUUGUACCCAGCCACUCUGGGCGGCUUCCACAGAAACCAAAAAUACAUUAAAAUCACACAUUAAAAACUUCCCUUAAGAUGUCUUCUGAAUGUCAGAUACUUGUUUAUCGCUUUGACAUCUGAUGGGAGGGUGUUCCACAGGGCGGGUGCCACUACCGAGAAGGCCCUCUGCCUGGUUGAUCAAGGGUCUGGAAACCAAGUAUUAUGAGGAGCAGUUGAAGGAGCUGGGUAUGUUUAGCCUGGAAAAGAGGAGACUGAGAGGAGAUAUGAUAGCCAUUUGCAAAUUUCUCAAGGGCUGCCACAUGGAAGAGAGAAUAUAUUCUCCAAGUGUACCAGGACAUGUACAUAUGUGAAAAGCAGGUAGCAGGUUUAUGCUUACUCUGAUCAGUAAAUUUUACAAUCCUGUGAAACUGGAUAGUGCUACAACUGAAAUUGCUACUCUUCAGUGUCAUAUUGUGUAUUUUUCAAGCCCCUGCUGCCUUACAACUCAGUUAGCACUCAUAGAUGUUUAACAAGUCUUACCUCUUGUAGAUAGUGAGGUAUGUAUGUAUGUAUGGGCUUUAUUUUUUAAAAAAAACUUGCUUGCUCUCCAGUACCUGUUAGUCAGCUUUGAUUUGCAAAACAGAAAGAACACACUUUUGUGAAUGCUUGACUUUCUGGUUACCUGGAGUCAUUUCUUGCAGGCAAACUGUUUAUAAAUGACUUCAAAUGGCAUCAGCUGGGUAUCACAUAUAUAUUUGAUUUUUAUGCUUAUUUUCACUAAAAUGUGACUCAUUUUGUUAUUUAUUAAACUUAGAUGUGCAUGCAAGAGGUACUAGGUAAAGACUGAAAAGAGGAGGUUAAGGGUAUGAGCCAUUACAAUGUGAGGGAAAGACCCCUCUUCUAGCAAUAGCAAUUAUUUCCUUUAGAGGAAGUUUUAUUUAUAAUUUAGAGCAAAUUUGUAGUUAUUGGUUUGUGUUAACUUUAAAAUUAUUUAAUUUUCUUUGUCUCCCAGUAGAUAUUUCUUUUCCAUAUUUUCACACUUGUUCUUGUGGUUAGAGAUGUCUUUUCAAAUAUAUGCAUAGUUUUGUUUAGUUAUGUUUUGAAGAAAGGUUUUAAUUUGAUGUAAUGAAAAAAUAAAUAGGAACAUCAAAAUACUGGUAUGAAAGAAUGUAUGAGAACUUUUAAAAUGAUAGUCAGGGGUUAAAUUCUGCAUUUCAGUGUCUUUUGAGUAAAACAGGAUGUAGUGACUUUACUGUCAGACUGCUGGUGUGAGUGCAAACAGAUGAGGAAAUGCUAGGGCUGGCACUCCAGUAUGGGCUGUUGUCUAGGAAACUGUUUGCGUCAUUCCUCCCAGCAAUUAGCUUACAGUGCUUUUAUUUUUGAUAGUGUAGUAAGCUGAACUUGACUGUAACAAAGAAAAGGCUGGUGGUACUGUUGCAGUUCUGAAGAUAUAGCUUUUGUGGGAAAUGGUAAUAAAAUAAAUAUUAAAAACAUAAUAGAAUUUUAUAUCCAUUGAUAAUGAAAACUAAGUUAUUAUUUUAUUAACAAAAAGGUUUUUUCUGAUCCGUUUUUAGAUAAAUUAUUAAGACUUUUUGUUGAAACCAUAAAAAAAUUAAAAAGCAGUUUAAAAUACUAUAUUGAAAAUACAUAUUGCUACUAGUUCUAAUUUGCAUAUAGUUUGAUACAUUUUUCAUGUUGAAAUAAAUUAUACAUUGCUGUGGUAUGAAAAUGGGAAAGUCCAUAUUUGCAUUUUUAAAAUGCAAAUUCAUAGUCUGAUGGUGCAAUUACAUAUAUCUUUAUGCAAAAUUAAUGUCCCACUGUGUAGCGAGGUGCUUAUUGCCUAGUAAAUGUGUCUAGGAUUGCAGUCUUGACAUAAAUAUCUACUUAUUUGAACUUAUAAGGUUGUAUGUAGCAUAAGUUUGAAUUUGUCUGAACCACCAGCUGUACUGUAGCAUGUGGGCAAAUGUUACAACUGAAAAACUAAUCGGUUUUGCGUAGGUACAGAAGUAGUAAGUAUAGAAACAGGGCUUCUUUUUCUACCAGCACAUCCUAUGUUCAGAAUGAUGGAAGAAACUAAAGAUGGCCUAUCUAGGAAGCACUCUGCUUACAUUAAUAAUGGAACUGAUGGAUCCAGAUUCAAGGUCCCUGCUAUAAAAUAGAAUUUUGCCAUAAGAUGAGUCUGCUAGAUCAGGCCAGUAGCCUAUCUAGUCUAGCAUCCUGUUCUCACAGUGACCAACCAGAAACCUGUAAGGAAACGCAAGCUGGACCUGUGCACAUUACUGUGCUGACUGUGGAGACAGAGCAUAGCUAUCAUGGCUAGUUGCCAUUGAUACCCUUUUCCUCCAGUCCUCUUUUAAAGCCAUCCCAGUUGGUGACAUCAGUACCUCCUGUGGAAGCAAGUUUCAUACUUUAACUGUGUGAUGUGUGAAGAAGUAGCCAUAAGCCUCCACUAUCUGUGGUGCACUUGUGCUACUUUGAUGUAUGUUUCCCAAGCUACUUAGGUUUCUUACCUUGCUGAAUCAGUGUUGGGAUAGGAGAGUUUCAACAGCUGAUUCUCUCUGGUGUGUUCUACUGAAGCUGGCUUGGCUAAUGGCUACUGGGCUGAUGUAGUAGUUACUUCACUCUACAGAACCAGUCUUUCUUGGAGGAAAAGUGUGGAAGUUGUUCAGACCCAUCACUAUAACAAGUAUUGCUGGUUUUUCAAUAAAUGGUAAAUGAGGAGCUAAAAAAAAGGCUGGUUUUUGUUUUUUGAUUUUUAAAAAAAGACUUAGAAAAUGGAGACGUAGUUCUUUGUAUUAUUAAGAUUAGAAAAGUUGCUGUGAAACAUUUAAACACAGUUUAACUACUUCGGAAAAAGCUUUUAAAGUAUUCAUGUUUUUGUAUUUUUUUAAUAAAACUGACUCUUCUUUCAUUUGUACAAAUAGAAAUUUUGCACUGAAAGUUUCUAAGAAACUGCUGGUGUCAGCUGGAGGUGUACCAGAAAGCUUGGGUGAUUAUCUGUGGAGACUGACUAGAUCUGCUCCUGCAACUUGUCAUGCUGAGUAGUGACACUUUCUACUUUUUUGGGGGGGGGGGAUAAUAUUUGAGUAUGUUUCUCUCUCAGUCUCUCAUUGUUAAAUGAAAUAGAAUUUUGGAAACAAACAUUUUUUGCUAGUUCAACUUUAUUUAUUGAUUUAAAUUAAGCAUUAUUAAAUCUCAAGAGCGCACAGUAAAUACACUAAAUAACUAAGUGCAUGCACAUUGUAAAUACCUAUAAUAUACAAAAGCUUGUAUAGUCAAAACCCAUAGGGUUCAAUGACAAGUAGGAUUGCCAAAGUCAUUUUCCCCAAAACCCUGCCCCCUUUCCAUCCCUGAUUGAUUGAUUGAUUGAUUGAUUGAUUGAUUGCCGUAUGUGUAAAGCUGAAUGCACACAAGUUAAAUGUGCACGGUUGCGGGCUUACUGUACUAUAAACUGACAAAGAGGAAUUUGAGAUACACUUUGAGUAGGCAAUCAGAGACUUCCAGAUCUCAUCCUCCCCCUUCAAAGACAUUGACCAAAAAAUGUGUCUUGAUCCGCUGUGGAAAAGCAUUGAAAGAUGUGCCAGAUGCUCCUCGAAAGGGAGAACCUUCCACAACUUGGGGCCACUGCAGAGAAAGCCUUCUCCCGCAUUACUGCUCUUUGAUCUUUACAUGGUGCUGCUGCUUUUUUGUGAUGAAACCAUGUUCUGUCUUUAUAAUGAUACUGAAAAGGCCACUUCCUUUACUACAGAAACACUUCUGCAGUUGUAUGGAAUUUUUAAACAUGCUUGUCACAUUAAAAAAAAAAAGAAUCUUAGACAAAUACCAAAACUGUUAUGAGUGAAACCAGGAAAGAAAUAUCAUACAUUAUAACUUGACAUCUGAAAAAACUUGCUGUCUUUCAAACAUUGUCUUUCCUUGCUUUCAGUUGCGUUUUCAGUAGGCUUAGUGAGCUAAUUCCAAUAGGUUUUAAUCAUUAUGAAGCCACAUCAUUCAGUAAAUGGCUAGCUACUACAGAUCUGGUUUCAGUUCAUCUCUUGUUCCAGAUAGCCUUUUGAAAUGCGAAACUUCAUUCUUUACAUGGUCCUGUGAUUUGUCUAGAGCUGAUUAAUGUCACCUGAUCAAGCAAAUGAGUCCGGUAAAUGCUUAGACUCUGUUUUUUUUAGUAGAGCUGUUAGGGUUAUGUAAAGAAAUUCAGAAAUCUAAUUAAUCUGGAAAGAGACAAAAGUAUUACAAGUUUCACAUUUGGCUAUUGUAUGACAUUAGGAAAGAAUGUAGUCCUUUUAAAAAAACUUAUCCAUUAAAAAUCUUUGUAACAUGAGCAUUUCAGACAAAGCUUCUGUCUCGAUAGAUUUCUUCAUCAUGGAGUCAUGGGACUGUAUCCUAAGGAUUCUAAUUGUGAGCCAACCAGUAUUUGACCAUCAUCGGCUAUCUGUUGUUAAAACAUGGUCUUCAUUUAUUAAAUUGUAGCUCAUCUCUGAUGUCAUUGUAAAAAAUUUCUUCAGUAGCUUUACUUUUUUUCAACACAUGACAUUUCAUGUUUGUUUGUUUUAAAAAAUAUACCAGCAGUUAUAAUAUUUUAAAUGAAAUACACACUUCCUUACAUUGCAAUUCUGCACAUAUAUACUCAGAAAUUAGCACCUUUAAAUUCAGUGGGACUUACUUCCGGGUAUAGAAUUGCAACCUGAGAGAUUCAUAGAAUAGCAGCCUUAAAUUUACUACUGUUUGUCAUUCUAUAUUUUUCUGUGUUUCCCAGCUCUCUUUUCCUUUUUUCUGCCACCCUCCUACUUUCUCAUGCUCUCCUAUUUCUGUACCAUUCCAUAAAUUCCCUUCUCAUCACCACCAAUAUUGUUAUUCCACAUUUUUAUUGGAACCAGUUAUGAAAUUUACAGAAGGGUCUGGUUGAAAUUAAAUCUUUUUCCACCCAGAUUUUUUUUUACAUUAUUGCAAAGCAACUUCUCAGGAGGUUGGGAAAGGAAGAAUUUAUUUGUGCUUUAUAAUGUGUGUGAAUCAAUCUGUCUGCUGACAGUUAUGUUUUCAUCUGUGGGUAUUUGUAAUUUUACAUUCAGUACCUUUUCCUUCAAUGUAUUGGUCAGAGAAUCAUAGAAUUGUCCACUUUAAAUAUGAAAAUAGUUUUCACUCUUGGUGAGAUAGUGACAGAAAAUUACUGUGGUUUUAAGAUUGUUAUUGAGAGGGCAAGCAAUGGGAGAAAUGCCUUCAGCACACAGCUGUGGAGACUGCUUUAAAUUUUCAAUUCCAGGGGAAAUUAACAUGUUUGAUUUUUUUCUGUAUUGGUGGACUACUAGUCAGUGCCACUUGGAGUAAGUGAUGCAGGCUUUGACACAUGGAGUAAGUGAUGCAGGCUCCCAAGUGUUGUGGUUUUAACAUUCAGAGCCCUAUCAUCCAUAGAUAAUUUAUUGGUAGCCAUUAGCUGCAGUAGCUAAAUGGAACCUCCAGGUUCAGAAAAAUACUGCCUCUAAAUAUCAAUUGCUGGGUGUAGAGGGAAGGGCUACUGUUUUGUGUCUUGCUUGUAGGCUUUCUGGCCCUGUUAGAAACAAGAUGCUGAACUUGAUAGACCUGUGGUCUGAUUCAGCAGGGUUCUUGUGAUGUCCCAUAAAGCAAAGUGUUUAGAUGAACAGCUGGAGGAGACUUUUGAGAGUCCCAUGGACUGCAAGAUGAUCAAACCUAUCCAUUCUUAAGGAAAUCAGCCCUGAAUGCUCACUGGAAGAACAGAUCCUGAAGCUGAGGCUCCAAUACUUUGGCCACCUCAUGAGAAGAGAAGACUCCCUGGAGAAAAGACCCUGAUGUUGGGAAAGAUUGAGGGCACAAGGAGAAAGGGACAACAGAGGAUGGUUGGACAGUAUUCUCGAAGCUACCAGCAUGAGUUUGACCAAGCUGCGGGAGGCAGUGGAAGACAGGAGUGCCUGGCGUGCUCUGGUCCAUAGGGUCACGAAGAGUCGGACACGACUAAACGACUAAACAACAACAAAAAAUGUCUAGAAAAUAUAUACGUUUAAGUUAAUAGGUAUACAAGGUAUUGAAUCUAUGUAUGACUUUGUCAAAUGCAUAAUGCGUAAACAUUGUCAAAUCCAGGGCAUUUUUUCUGGUAGAUCUCUCCCGAAUGCAGUACAGGCAUCUCUGCCAAGCCACCUCUUCUUCCCUAUUCUGAGGCUUACCUUAAAAAAAAGUGGGGGAAGGAAGGAACAGCAUCCUGUACACUUAGGAUACCAUUGUUAACCAGCAAGGUGGACCUUGUGGUGGGUGCCCCAGGGAGGAGCUUUUCUAAAUUGGGGGUGAAGUUCCUAAAGUAGUGUGUGCGAUUGAUUGAUUGAUUGAUUGAUUGAGAAAGGUAUGCAUGUGUGAUUUGUGUAAGAGAAGGAGAGGUGUGUUUGUGGUAUGUGUGUAAUGGAGGGAGGGUGAUAUCUAUAUGUUGUGUCUGUGAAUGUUAGAGAAAAGGAAGUAUGUAUGCUUUCUAAGUUUCUAAUUUUAUUUAAUUAUUUAAUCAAUUUUCUUGAGACUCCCCUUCAGCUGUUAUUUUUAUAAGUGUUAUUUCUAGAAGAACAGUCUUUUUAUCUGUCUCCAGUUCAUUUUUGUAUACAGAGUCUCUUCAGAUAGUGUCAUAAUAUCCAGAUCCUGUCUGGAGCCCCAGACCUAAAAUGUUUGCAUAAUUUGGGUAUUGUUGGGAGAUUUAUUAAUGCUUCUUUGGAUAUACCAUUGUAUAUGAGCCAGACUGGCUUCUUUCCCAGACUGCACCAUUGGCAUCUCUUUGGCUUAGACGACCUGCUUCUGUUAAAAAUUUAAAAAAUCUGUAAACAUAAACAUUGCUACUGUUUCAGCAAUGCUUUUUAAAAAGAAUUUUGAAUCUGCAUUUCAUUAAUGGUAGUGACAGAAUCACUUAACAUACACUUAGUUACAUUUAGAACCCUUUCAGGAGCUAUAAUCAGUCUGUAUGCUUUCCUGCUUCUGAGCACUAGGAGGCAGCCGUUUCUGUUAGAAAUUCCAAAAUCCUUACUGAAGCAGUAUCUUCUUUAUUAGGCCAACCAAAAUGUUACAAAAUGGAAUGUAAGCUUUUGAGUUCCCAGAACUCUUUAUCAAGCUAGACGGUAAAAUGUGCAGAGGGAAGGAAGCCAUCCAUCCUUGCCUACAACUGGUAGAUGGAAUGUGGGAGGAGUUAGCAGAUGUUCAAGUGACCCUCUUUCACCUGUUUAGCAAGUUUCUGAUUGCAAACAAGCCUCCAGAGAAGGAGAAAAACACAAAGGCUGAGCCUUCAUUUCUGUAAAUAUAAAGGUUUUCCUUACAGUCCCCCCCCCCAAUUUCCCUGUCUACACAAUGCAUGAAGGUAUUUACUGUUUCUAAAAUCCAUCAUAGACACAUUUGAGCUUAUUUCCUCUAUCUCAGGGUAACUUUAUCUGAAAACAAUGCUACUUUUUUGCUAUUGAUUCCCAUCCUUUUGUUUCUAGAACAAAUGGAAGUAGUGUUCCAGUUCAUAAAAUACCAGUUCACCAGCCAGUCUUACUUACUUACAAUAGGUCAGACAAUUAAAAUAAUUUUAGCCAGUUUCUGGAAUUGCCCAACAUAUAGUUUGUCUUUGCAGAAAUGGCGGGACAACUGUCAGACCCAACACUGUACCUUUUUCCUUUGCAACUAUGCAUGGCAUAAAAGCUAGAGAAGGAAAUAUUUCAUAGUAGCUUAAAAGCUUUGUGUCUUUAAAAGGUAGAAAUUCUUCAUAAAAUAUGGGUAACAAUAAAACAAUCUUCUUGUUGCCUCUCUUCUUCUUCUCAAAAGAAUAUUGAAAAAGAUUUCUGAUUUCAAGUUGCUAUGGUGUUAGUAUCUUUGUUUAGUUAAUUUUGUGCUAAGUUGCUAUGGAAAUAUUUAUUUACUGAGUUAGUGCCUAACCAGUGUCAAACAGAUGCUGCUAGCAAGUACAAAUCAUGUUUUAAUCAAUAAAAUACCCAAAAUAUUCCUAGUCUUGAAGAUGGAAAAAAUAAUGUAGCAAAAUACUUUUAUUUGUGUUUUUCAUAGCACAUACAUUUUACAUUAAAAUGCUAGCUUAUUUGAUCUGCUAAUAACAAUCAGGUUAUUAUUAGGGUUCCACAUUGUUAAUGUUACAAACUCAUUCUUAUCUUGCAGGUGUUGCCUUAUUUGUGAAAAAAUGUAUAUGAUCCAUCUGUUAUUUUACUAGAUACAUUCACCAUAACUUCAUGUCUCUGGUUUUAGUACCUAUUUUCAAACAUACUUACUGUAUUUUUCGCCCUAUAGGACGCACUUUUUCCCCUCCAAAAAUGAAGGGGAAAUGUGUGUGCGUCCUAUGGGGCGAAUGCAGGCUUUCGCUGAAGCCUAGAGAGCGAGAGGGGUUGGUGCAACUCCUGCGGGCUCCGAAGCCUUGCGGAUAGCUGCCUGCAGCCCGAAGCCUGGGGAGCGUGGCACUGUGCGUGGCUUAGGGCAGCUAUCCACAAGCCUGUGGCGCCCGGAGGGAGUUGCCUUAAGCCCGGGGUGCACAGCGGGCUACAGCGCCGUGCUCCCCAGGCUUCGGAUAGCAGCAAGCUCCGGGAGUGAUGGCGAGGUUGAGCACAACCUCACCAUCGCUCCCGGACCCCCAGCCCGGAGGCUAAAAAUGAAGCCAAGACAGCUAGCGGGAUCCAUCCUGCUCGCUGUCAUGGCUUCUUUGCUCUUUGGGGCUUGGGGGGGGGAUAUUUUUUUUUUCUUUAUUCCCCCCCCCCAAAAGUGUGCCCUAUGGGCCGGUGCGCCCUAUAGGGCGAAAAAUACGGUAAGUCAGCUAUACCACAUUUUAGAUGACAUUUUUACUCUAAUUUAGAAUGUGAUUUAUCUUAGUGGAGCAAAUGCUGAUCAAAUCUUCAGUUGAGUAUUUCAGAUCUGAACCAUUUCCAAAUAUUUAGUUGUAUGUAGACAGCAGCCUUGAGGAAUUAUAGUUAUUGGGUAACACAUCUAAACUACAUGUCACCUUUGAGUAGGGAUGAACUGAGCAGCCUAAUUCUGUCGCACUUCAUUCUUGUAAAUACUCAAGGGUUCCUUAAUUGUAUUGUAUGCAUUUUGAUUGUACUGUUAACAUAAAAUAUGCUUUCAGUGCAUUAAUCCAAAAAUAGGCAUUUUAUGUGUAUAUUUUAUGUAAAAUAAAAAUUUAUGUGUGCACCAAAACUGUGUUAAAAUCUAGAAAAGUGUUUCAUCCAACUGGGAGUUGCAUUCCAAUCUUCAAGGAAGUUUGGGAGCAUCUGAUUGGGUUGUACUUUUUGUGAAAAGUGGAAAAAGCAAAUUCUUCCCCCAUCCCUCAUUUUGAGUAACUAUACAUAGAACAGUUUUAAAGUUUUUGCCUCUCUUCCCUGUCACAUGCCUCCUCAUACAUAACUACUCGUAUAUACUAAAUCUUUUUUUAAAAGACCCUCUGUAACAUUCAGAAUACAUAUCCUACACCAGUGAAAUUCAGAAGAGAAUACAAAUUAAAUUAGGAACAAAUGACUACUAAUUGGUGUGCUAAGAGGUCAGGGAGAACAAAAUAGGGAAAUAGUUGGUGGUACACGUGUGGCGCUGUGGUCUAAACCACUGAGGCUUGCCAAUCAAAGGGUCGGCAGUUCAAAUCCCCGCGACCGGGUGAGCUCCCGUUACUCGGUUCCAGCUCCUGCCAACCUAGCAGUUCGAAAGCACACCAAAAAGUGCAAGUAGAUUAAUAGGUACCGCUCCAGCGGGAAGGUAAACAGCGUUUUUGUGCACUGCUCUGGUGUUGGUGUUCUGUUGCACCAGAAGCAGCUUAGCCAUGCUAGCCACAUGACUCAGGAAAACUGUCUGCGGAGCAGUGCCACAACCCCAGAGUCGUUCACGGCUGGACUUAACCGUCAGGGGUCUCUUUACCUUUACCUUGACUGCUAGAGAGAGGCAUUCCAGGACCCAAGAGUGAGAAAUUCAUCUACCUCUUGGGCAGAGCUCCAGAGAUACCAUCACACCUGAGAGCUCUGCUCUCUGCCCAGCUCAGCCUCCUUUGCAGUAGCACUUAAGAAGUAGGCAUUUAGACUUAUUUUUUAGUUUAAAGAAGUUUAUAAUGUAAUUGUCAUUGUCCCUUUUAUCUCCCAGACCAUUUUAUUUUCUUAAAUUGUGACCCUGUUGAGUUCUGUCAGUGCAAGCCCUGUGCAAGUGUUUGCAUUUGUGCAAACAGGGUGUGCCUUCCAGUGUCCCCUCCCCCCAAAAAAUUGUCUGUGGGAGAGUCCCCAUUAUUUGUGGUUGCUGCUAGCCUUCCCCUUUCCCCAAGUAAUCUAGCACACAUGGAAGACCUCAUCUCUGACAUUUCACUGAUCUAGAGUGCUACAACUUCACACUUGUACCAAGUGCCUUUGAUAAUGAAGUUCACUGAUGUCAGAGAGAUGCCUCCAGCAAUGGAAGGCAAAAUCACUGGUCUACAUUAAGUUAAACUGGCUCUCCAUAACACACUUUCUUUCCACCCUUUCUCCUUAGGGAAAAAGGUUCCAAAGUCAGCUUGAUGGCUUAAAGCCUGUAUUUCAUUAAUCUAUGCAUGUUUGCAUUUUACUCCGCCUAUUAGUAUUUCAGCUCACUCAGUUAGGUCAUCAGCAGCCUCAGCAUCUUUUCUUUAAAUGUUCUUCUGCAAGACUUUUGCAGGGCUGCCACAUGAAGUGGAUUGGAUCUGAAUGCCUCUGGUGUGGAUUCCAACAAACAAUAAUGGUGACAAGGGACCUUGCUUUUAUUUAUUUAUUUAUUUUAUUUAUUAGAAUUAUAUACCACCCUUCAUCAAAAUAUCUCAGGGCUUUGUUCCCGUGUAAUCUUCAUUGGCAUGGAGUCCAUAUUAUUAGUUUGUAUGAAGGAGGUAGAAGGGGCAAAAAUUUUGCUGAAUGGCAUGCAACAUCGCUGGACCUAUUUGUAUCUUGCUCAGUAUCUAUAACCAAAAAAAAUAAAAUGCUUUCCAUACAGUCAAAGGCAGUCUCUUGGACUUGCCGAUCAGAAGGUCGGUGGUUCGAAUCCGCACAAUGGGGUGAGCUCCUGUUGCUCUGUCCCAGCUCCUGAGAGCCAGUGUGGUGUAGUGGUUAAGAGCGGUAGACUCGUAAUCUGGGGAACCGGGUUCGCGUCUCCACUCCUCCACAUGCAGCUGCUGGGUGACCUUGGGCCAGUCACACUUCUUUGAAGUCUCUCAGCCCCACUCACCUCACAGAGUGUUGUGGGGGAGGAAGGGAAAGGAGAAUGUUAGCCGCUUUGAGACUCCUUUGGGUAGUGAUAAAGCGGGAUAUCAAAUCCAAACUCUUCUUCUUCUCUCCUGCCUACCUAGCAGUUCGAAAGCACACCAGUGCAAGUAAAUGAAUAGGUACCGCUGUGGCGGGAAGGUAAACAGUGUUUCCAUGUGCUCUGGUUUCCAUCACAGUGUUCCAUUGCGCCAGAAGUGGUUUAGUCAUGCUGGCCACAUGACCCGGAAAGCUGUCUGUGGACAAACGCCGGCUCCCUCAGCCUGAAGCAAGAUGAGCACCGCAACCCCAUGGUCGCCUUUGACUGGACUUAACCGUCUGGGGGGGUCCUUUACUAAUCUUACAGUAGUGAAUGAUACUCAGUACUGUGCAUUGAAUCUGCAAUUUGCCUCUGCUGCUCUGCAUUAAAAAAUGCUUCUCUUAAGAUUUUAGAUUUGAGUGCCACCUUGUGGAAUGUUGUAAAAUGUUAAAAGAAUAUUACUGAACACAUCCUUGAGCCUUACUAAUUGAAACUCAUGCAACAUAAGAGGACUAGACAGUGCUCUGCGCACCUCUCAAGAUUCAUCUGCUGUAACAGUGGAGUCAGGGUCCCAGGGGAUGCAAGCAAUUUGAUCCUCAAAAAGCUUUGCAAACAACUCACAGGGAGCUACCAUCUGUUCUGUCAUCUCCUUCAGGCCAGACUAUAAAAGGUUCCUCAAUACCUGGAAAGGCUCUGUUGGACAACUCAAAUGAGAAUGCAUUGGAGGCAGCAAAGUAUGCCUUAUUUGCUGCCUUCACUGCCACUAGGUAGGCAUGAUGAUGAGCCCUCACCAGUGUUCAGUUACAUUCAACUAGAGUUUUCCUUCAUUUGGAUUUGAGUCGUCUCUUAACUUGUCUAGGCUAAAUCACAGUGGAAUGACUUGUAUCUUAAAGUGAGAUAUAUUCUCUUCACCUGACUAGUGAUUAUUAGCACUAAACAUUUUUUAAAAAUCCAAGUGUACCAAUGUUGAUAUUUUUGUCAACAAUUUAUACUGUAAUUUUUAAUAUAGUUUGGAAUUUUAAGUAAUUAAGUAUUAUAUGAAAUCAAAUAAUCCAUGCAGCAGAAGUUUGAAAGGAUCUGUGUAGGUCGGUUUAGGUAGUUUUCCUUUAUCCGGUUUGAGGAAGACAUUCUGGACUGUUUCCUUCAGUAUGGGCAAAUAGAUGAGGGAACUUUAUGAGCACAGUGCUUGGAUUCUCUUCCCAGGGCUGCCGGAUGCAGGGGAUUUCCCUCCCUCAUGCAGCAGCUUCUUGGAAGUGUCCUAAGGUAACUGCCUCUUGCUAAAUUGGGGCCUGUAUCUUUUGAUGGUUUAGAAGUAUCUUAGUUAUAGCUAUAAUUUGUAUUCUAAUACUUGAAAGCUUGGUUUGGCACAUUAAAUAGGGAAACUCACAAGAAGAGGAAUAAUAAUAAUACUGCUACUACCACAUAAUUAAGUUUCAAUAACUGUGCUAAGCAGACUUAAGUGCAUUACGUACAGUUCCUUUUUCACUUGGUUAUGCUUAUUGGAGUGUAACUAGAGCAACUGAAUGCUAUACUGUUAAUCUAGUCAUUUAGAUAGAUAGUAACAAGUGUUCUAUUUGCAAAAUAUUUAUUGUUUGUUUAUAACUUCCAGUUUUGUUGUCUUACAGAUGAUCCUUUGGGACUGGGACUUAAAGCAGUGGUAUAAACCUCAUUAUCAGGUCAGUAUAUCUAAAUAUAACCAGUAUAUGAUAUUGCACAAUCAAGUCUGUGGGUAGCAUACCUCCACCCUCCCUUCCCCCUCAUGUGUUCCAAUUAAUAAAUAACUUCCUGGCUUGAGCAAGCCAUAGUUUACUGCUCCAUCCAAACCAAGAAACUGGCAUGGUGAUUCUCUAAACAAUGAUUUUACACUGACUUUCAAAAGUUUCACAUUGGUUCUUAGGUGUAGCUGGAGCCUCUAAACUGAACUGCUAUAGUUCCUGCACUUUCUCUGGCAAGGCUGCUUGAACUGCAUCUCUGAAUUUGCUCUGCAUUCUCAUUUUAUCUGCUAUGUGAUUUAUUUAUGUCAACUCUUCCAGGCACUCAUCCUCAUAAAACUCUCUUAUCUCUUUCUUCUGUUAUUCUUCUUCUAAGUACAUUGACCGUUACUGUCUCUAUCUCUUCCAGAAUGUGCAGACAUUUCUGGCAAUCCAGAAAAUGUGUUGGUCCUUCCCUUUUUCACCUAGGCCUAGCAUCCAGCCUCAAAGAUCUAAGUGGUUAGAGACUGGAAGCUGGCAGUUGCACUUGGCAUCCAUUAGCUAUCUCUCAUAGAGGUUACCAGAACAUAGACAACAGAAGCAAGGCUGUUCCAGUCCAGAUAAUCAUGCAGCUAGGUGUGCAGCUGAUGGAAGGUACUCCAUGCCACUGAGGCCACUCAAGCCUCAAGAGAGAAUAGUGGAUACCCCUAAGCUUUGUGCUUGCUCCUUCAGAGGACGUGUAAACCCAUCCAGAGCAGAUAUUAAUCUGGGAUGGAAGAAGUUACAAUCUCCCCUAGGAUUACCAGAUGCAAAAGAGAACAGGGUUCCUACAUCUCUAAUUGCUGCGCAGGAUUUCAGCAGGUGCAGCUUUUCAUGAAAGCAGCAUAGAUUUGCAUUCAAAUAAAAAGAGCAGGAGAGUUCUUUCAUCAUAUACUUGCCCAAGCAAUAAGCAGGUAAGCUACAUUUUAAGGAGGUGCAGAAGAUCCAUGCCAAAAAGACAGUAGUUUUGACUCAGAAAUCAAAGUCUCUCUUCUAACUUGGCAGUAGAGUAGAGCUUCUGCAAAUUGUACUAAAGGCCCCUGACACAGGACUUGGCUGUAUGUUGUAGGAAACUUGGCUAUAAAAUAUAUGUGAUGGCAUAAACUGAUUUAGAAAUGGUUAUUCAUAUAUGAUAUAUAGCCAGAUAAGUCUGGGCUUCCCAGGGCAGGUCUGGGUUUGUCCUAGCCUAUUUACAUUCAGUGUCUGGUGUGAGAUGGUAAUGCUCUCUUGCCUCUCACAACAUUUGACGCAGGUGGGCUUUUCAUCUGUCCAAUAGAGAUAUUACAUUUAACUCACAAGGAAUUAAUGUACUAGGAAUAAAAUACAUUAAGUUAUAGGAGUUACUAUAUUCCUCUCACCCAAUAAAUUGAGCCAAUAAAUUGUCUCCAAGCCCGUGUGUGUGUGUGUGUGUGUGUGUGUGUGUGUGUGUGUGUGUUGGGAGAUCCACUCACAUAUAUGGUGUGUCAUUUUACUUUCCCCCCGCUUCGAACACAAAGAUGGGAAUGAAUAUUUUAGACCAUAGGCCCAAAAUAAGAUAAACUUACUUGUUAAUUAGUCCCUAAUUACAGGGUUUGGCUGCAACCUUUGAUCCUGAUCAGAGACCUGAAGAACAGUUGAAAUAAGAACUGUCAUCCCACUCUCAUAAGGCAGGGCAUUAAGGUGAUGUACGUAGGCCAGCUGUUUCAGAAUAAUAAUUAUGUAAUGUUUAAAAUGUUUAAAGAGGCAGAACUAGUACUGUACUAAGAUUUAAAAGAAAAAUCAGUCUGUAUCUUUCGUUUUCCCCGGAAGCAAACGUCAAGGCAAUCAUUAGUAAGUAGUUUCAGGAUCAUGUAGGGAUGCACAUAAGCAGGCCUACAAUGGGCAUAAUCGUACAUUAGAAAAAGGGAAUAUUGAGUCCUAUUUGCAUCUUCUCCAUCCAGGAGAACAUAAUGAACAACAAAAGGAAUAUAGAGAGAAUAUAGCCUUAGACCAUAGAAUAUAGAGAGAAUAUAGGCUUAGACCAGGCUAGCAAAUAACCAUCUGGGAGCCUGGGGUGAAUGAAAAUUCCCUCUGGGCAAUCAGCCAGACAACUCAUUUUUGUGAACACUCACCUUCUUAGAAGGGAGAGAGAGGAUCCCAAUGUGCAUCCUUCAGAGUAGAACUUUACUUAAAAUAAUUUCAUCCCCCCCCCGAUAUAGAGCAUGGGGCUGAUUCUUCCUCCCUCCCUGGAAUAGGAGGAAGGACAACCCAGAACAAAUGUUGAAAUUCCCUCUUCUUGCUCUUCUUGCAUCCAUCUGUCUCAAGAGUGCGCCUCUGGGGGUGAACUAAAACCUCUGAGUUAGCAGCACCAAAGUGACCUCCCUUGGGCACAAGCCUGGGCAAUGUGUAUGGAGGUCCUGGGCUGCUUAGACGAAAAGGCCUUGUUGAUGUGGUCCAAAGGAAAGCAGAGCAAGACAUUUGGAAAUAGUUUGGCUGCAGGAAUUGCUGGAAUGGGGUGUACAACGUGCCACCCAACCGUCCUAGGGACUCUGAAUUUGGGCAGGGUUUACUCCUUAGCCAUUUCUUCCAAAGGUGUCCCACAAGGCAGCAGAGGUUUAGAAUCAGAGUUUUCCUAUUCCUAAAUGGGCUUUCUUCCCAGGUUGAUGGGUCUUAUCUGCCCCUCUCUUCCUCUACAGCACAUGCAGAAACUGCCUUUUUGACCAUUGGACCCACUAUUGGUCUUGUCCACUCAAUCUGCCGGAGCCUGUCUUUGCAUGUAGGGGAAGCCCCUAUCUCACCAAAGGUUUGAGAACCAUCAUCUCCUCUCACCUGGUUUAGCUGCCAGUCAAAGCCAUUUCCCGGGGUGUGGCUGCUUUUGCAUUCUGGCAGGUUUUAGAAGCCACAGGUGAGAGCUGAGUGCAGAGUGGGGACCAAAGGUGGACAAACUAUCCCAGAAGGAAUAAUGUGUCCCCCACCAGAGGUACUACCUCUCUCCUAACACCUGAUGCACCCCAAUUCCAUCUUUUACACAAAAGAGGAGCCCUACCUCUUUUGGCUACCAUAGCUAUUUGUGGCUUUCUUCUCUUUAUUCUGGAAAGGAGAUGAUCUCUGCUCUGCUAUCUUGAAGGCUGGCUGGAUUUGAGUGUGUUUUUCUGACUUUAUUCUAGCCUCCUGUGGUGCGGAUUAGGUUGAAGAAGAGAUGAGAAAGAAUGCAAAUCAAGCUAGCCACUCUGUGUUUGCUAUACUUUCUGUUUCCUCCCUGUAUUCUGUCCCUCUAACCAACUCAGUCAUAGCAUUUAGAAAGGUUGAGCCUUUCCCUUCAGAAAGUGAAACCACUAUGUACUCUGCCUUCUGCAUAGAGCCUGGCUUUCAAAUGGCUCUUUUUGAAAGGCUACGUGGUGGGGCUGCCUCUCUUCUUCCCCUUUCUUUUUCAGAAAUAGGGAGGAAACACUUCUGUAUUAUGCACUUCUGAAAGCUGUACUCUAGGCUUGAUGGACUUUCUAGAGACAGUUGUGCUUGGCUUGCCUUCUCCUGGUCUUUCUUUUUCACUCUUCCUCUGUAAUGCAGUUUUGCAAUUUUGCACCAGAGAGACACUAUGGAACCAUCAGGCUUGGGCUCUUUCUUCCUCCUAGACAGUUUGAAAAGGCGAAAGAGAUACUCCAAGUAGAACUGCACAGACAGUUCAGUGCUAGAGGUAGUACCCCCUUGUCACAGACUGGUUGGCCACAGAAGAAUGGUGGGAAGAACUAGCUGGGGAGCAGCCAAGGAAAGAAGGCUCAGAGUCUGGGGACUGGUGAUUUCCUUUAGCACAGUACCCAAGUAUCAUUGUCAUGGACUGGUUGGAUGCAGAGAAAUGAUGGGAGGAGCCAGCUGGGAAACCACCCAGGGAAGAAAGCUCAGGUGUUGGGACAAUGAUGAGUGAGAAGAGGGAGAAGCCUGGGAAGGGGAGGUGUUGGAAGCUGAAAAGGUAAUAGUGAGCAGAGGGAGUCUGUGGCAGAGAGCAGUCCAGAAUCAGAGGUAGAAGCUGAAGCAGGAGAGGAGGGAGGCCAAGAAGCAGAGUGGCUGGUGAAGAGGCACAGGUGUCUCCCUGUCCUGCUGAGACAAGCUCUCCUCCCCGCUGCUCUCCCAAGAACCAGGAGAGGCAUGAAGAGGGCGGAGGAGAAGUUAGCCUUACACAGGCACAGUCUCAGAGGGAGCUGCUUAUUACAAUGCAAUUUAAAAAAGAAAUAGUAAGAUUUUCCCGCAUGGUGAGUAGCAGUGCAUAUAGCUUAUUGGGGUUAGGGAAGUAUCAUGUUUUCCCAGAUAUAACAUAUUGUACUUUGCUCAGAAAAUAUGGUAUUAUUUCAACAAAGAACAGCAGGAGAUUUGUUAACUCUUUUAAGUAAUAAGCCUGCAUAUAUUGCAUGGAAACUGCAAGAAAUUCACCGUUUCUUCAAUCUAUGUGUGGAGAAAGGAAUAAAUGGUACAAUUUGAAAUUAUUUUUCUGCUAAAUUGUAAAUAAAUGACCUUACAUCAAAUGGUCUGUAUUAAUUAAUUUAAUAUUACAGAAUACCGUACUUAGAUGAGCAUUAUUUGUGGAUAUCUAUGUAUCUAAAAAUCCAUUCAGUUUAAUGUGCAUCUUACUGAAAUCCACAUCUCAAUUUCUUUUAAUAUUUUGAUAAAUUGACCUUACAAUAACAAAAGCCUUUUGUUGUUGAUAGCUAACAGCAUGUUUCUCUGUUCUAGAAUGCUUUCAGUGGAACCGGAGUUGAUUUUUCUGUACUAAAUGAGACUCGCAGCAUGAUGACUGACCUUCUGAAUGAUCCAGUCCUUCCUCCACAUGUGAUUUCUUCCCUCCGAAACAUCAAUAGCUUGAUAAGUGCUUUUGCAGGUUCAUGCAGGCCAAAGGCUAACAUGUUUACCCCCUUUCCGGGCUUUUAUCCCUGUCCAGAAAUGGAAGACUCAUCUGAAAGAGGGGACCGUAAACUGCAUAAGGUCAAUAUAUAUAUAUAUCAGAAUACCUCUAAGUGCAAUUUCCCCCAUAUGGUAAUUUUCCUAUUCUUCUAGUGUGAAUUAUAGUUAAUUCUAUCCAAACUGACAAAUUUCUAUUCCUUUCAGAUGCUGGGUUACAAAAAUAAUAAUUUAUUGAGACACUGAACAAUAUUAUGUAUCCUUCCAGCUCAGCCAAUCAGAGGCUUCACUACCAAAAAGUUCAUUAUACUACAGAAUUAUUAUUAUUAUUGCGAACCGUUCCUUUAGGAAACAUAGGGUAGCAAUACAAAUGGUACAAAAGAGCUAGACACUUAUUCAGGAUUCAGCUGUUAUUUUUCUAUAUAGCUGUUUAAAGUUAAAUCAGUUCAGCCAGUUAUAAUAUACCGUAUUUUUCGCCCCAUAGGACGCACUUUUUCCCCUCCAAAAACGAAGGGGAAAUGUGUGUGCGUCCUAUGGGGCGAAUGCAGGCUUUCGCUGAAGCCUGGAGAGCGAAAGGCAUCGGUGCGCACCGACCCCUCUUGCUCUCCAGGCUUCAGGAAGCUAUCCGCAAGCCUUGCAAGCCCGGCGGGAGUUCCUACAGGCUCACAAGGCUUGCGGGCAGCAGCCUGCAGCCCCGGCGAGUGUCCACAAGCCUUGCGCGCCCGGCAGGAGGUCCCACCAGGCGCGCGAGGCUUGGGGCGGCAGCCUGUCGCCCGAAGCACGCGGAGCCCUCCAGAGGGUGCCCUGUGCUUCGGGCAGGUGUGCGCAAGGCUUGGGGCGGCAGCCGCGGCGGGGGGGGAAUAAAUUUUUUUUAUUCAUUUCCCCCCAAAAAAACGAGGUGCGUCCUAUGGGCCGGUGCGCCCUAUAGGACGAAAUCUACGGUAGCUUAAUACGCUUAAUUUAAACUGAGCAAUACUUAGUAAAAGUGUAUAUUACCACGGAAGUGUGGAAGAGAGCUGUUUUAUCAGAAAAAUGUAAACUUUAUCAACUUGUUCAACAGGGGCUAAACAGCCGAAAUAGCUUACCAACACCACAGUUAAGGCGGAGUUCAGGAACUUUGGUCUCACUGCCCAUGGAACCAUCUUCUAGGUGGGAACGCAAUAAUGGCAAAAGAUUGCAUCAUGAGUAUAAUUCUUCAAGGUAAAUAUUUUAUCACUAUAGAAUUCACAGUAUUAUGAGGUAUUUCUUAAGUGCUGAAAUUAAAAGUUGAGUUGGGAUCGGAAGGAGGACAGACAAGAUGUUUUUCAGAUAAAAUAUUUUGAAUUGAAUUAAUUUUCCGUAAGUGCUGCAAUCAAAUGUUUAAAACUUAUAAAGUAUGCUUGUAUAGCUUCGUUCAUCCAGGAUAUUUGAAGUAUGGCACUUGGAUAUGCAGUUAAUAUUUGAUGACAACCACUAAUUCUGAACUUAAGUUCUAAAGGAAAUUACGAUGAAAGAUAAAUUGUAACAUUCUGUAUAGUCACCAUUUAUGAGAUAGUGAAAGAAGAUCCAGCCAUCCAUCUCUCUCUUGGGCUGAAACAUAGGAAAGUAAUAUAACAAGAGUGGCUGACAAUAACACACUGCUCUACUUUUGUUUUGCUCUUGAAAGUCUUAUGGUGCAGUAGGUGAACUAUGUUUAUUAAUCAUCACAGAUUUAUUGGUUUUCUGCUUGUUUUGUAUUGUAGUUAGUAACUAGAUCAGUUUUUACACUUUUUUCAACUAUUACAGCAGAUAAUAAUUUGUUCCUAACCUUGAGAACCAAAUAUACUGUAUAGGAGAAGUUCUUUUCUUUGCACUGGCAAAGAAAGUAGGAGGUUUGGAGCACUGCAGUGCUUUAUAACAGUCUUCCCGCCUCCUAAAAAGCUAAAAAUUUACCACUUUUCUGAGGUAUCAUAUAGUUAAAGAUUAAAGACUGUUCCACUGACCUUGUUUGGUAUCUCAUCCCAGUCUCAAGACAAAGAGAACAUUCAGAAUCUAGACUCUUAAGUAGCUACGUUUAUAAUUUGUGCAGCUUGCCUGUGACUCUAGCUAUGGCCAGCUGUAGCAGAUAGGCUAUAUUCCCCAACGCUGCUGGUGGUUUGUGCAAAAUGUAGCCAUUUAUAGUACAGUCAAACCUUGGAUCCCAAACACCUCCGUUUUGGAAUGUUUUGGCUCCCGAACACCGAAAACCCGGAAGUAAAUGCUCCAGUUUUCGAAUGUUUUUUGGAAGCCAGACGUCCGACACGGCUUCCACUUGAGUGCAGGAAGCUUCUGCAACCAAUCGGAAGCCAAACCUCAGUUGUCAAACAUUUUGGAAGCUGAAAGGGCUUCCGGAAUGGAUUUUGUUCGACAACCGAGGUUUGACUGUAGCUAUACGAUGGGACAACUGCUGUUUCAGAGAUGUUAGUCCUGGAAGAGAGUUUGGGAAAUGAUGGCAGAUUCCUGAACAGAUUCAGGAAAGAAGAAACAAGCCUGGCUGCUGCAAGUAAUUAGGCAGCAGUAAGAGAUCAUAACUACAUGCACUCCUGCUCCAUUACUCUACUCUGUUAGAAAGACAGCUGCCUGAAAGACCUUUGGUAGAAAAAUGCUGUAUUCCCACUGUUUUGUCCUUGGGAGAGAAGAUUUUGAAAUGCUGAGGGACUGUGCCAUGUUUGUCCUACCAGUUAGGACAGAUUUUUGACAGAUCUUAGGAAGAAAUGAAAGCUGUCAUUUAUUUCUGGUUUUUUUCUUCUCCAUUGCUAGAACCCGAUGUUGUCCCCAGAACAUAGAUGUUCUAGUCUCCAAGACCCAUUUGUUCAUUUUAGGACUCAUGUCCUUCAGUGUCAUACUCUGCAUAUUCUUUAGUGACAGUAAUAAAAAAAAUUAAAUCAGUUUUAAAUUUUCCAGUUACAUAAGAGACAACAUAUGACUCAUUAUAAACAAGUAAUGGAUAGUAUAAAUAUUUUUUAUCCUAAAUAAACUUAGACCAUCACACUUCACGGCAAGAUUUUUCACGACGUGUUACCUUUUUUAUUAUUUUACAGGUUGAUGAUCAACUAACCAGUAGAUCUAGUUAACCAGUAGAUCUAGUUAAGAUACAGAUACCGUAAAAAAUAUGUUGGCAGGCCUGUUCAGUGGUUUAAGUUUUUUAAAGAAGGACCAAUAAUUUCUAUGAUCAUUCUGUAUUAUUUUUAUGGUUUUUUGUUUUGUUUUUUGCACUUACAAAUUUUGUUCUACACCACCCUGGUAUUUUAUAUGAGGGAUGGUCUAUAAAUAUUUUUAUAAAUAAAAAAAAUAAGGGAAGGAAAUUGCUGUUUGAGGUUUAUGCAAAAUGUAUUUAAAAAUUGCUUUCUCCACCCAGAAAAUAAAAUAGCAAGCUCUGAAUGCUUCCUGGAUUAGACAUCAUGUAUAUUAAAUAUUGUGCUGUGUAUGUAUCUUCAAGCUUUCAAACAGCAGAUGGCAUGCUUUAGCAACAUAAGUGUCAGUUUAUAGUCAGUUAUCAAAGGUGAAAAGUACUGAGCAUAGAAAUUAAAAGAGUAUUUCCUUAAUGCUAUGUAGCAUUACAUUUGAAUAAAGCACCAAUAGCAUUGAUCAAGAUCUUGUUAAAUAUGCAAUGGAAUGAGCUAUUCACAAGAUUUUUCAACUGAAAGAACAAUUUAGACUGUAGUUCUAAACCCUGGUUGGCACUGGAGGGGCUUGAUGGAGUGCUACAUCCACAGCAGCACUGCCAGCAUUGCCCAGAGAGGAAGGUGCAGGGUUGAAAUGGGAGGGGGGGAAAUAGCCUUUUACUGGAUUCAGGCCUGUUGCCAUCAUGUAGGUAGCAGGGCUGACUCAGGAUCCAGUAGAUCCCGUUCCCAAAGUGUUCCAUCUUGGUGGUUUCCACUGAGUACUCUCCAUGACAUUUCUGCUCCAUCUAAACUCCUUCCAAAACAGUAGAUCAGGCGUUUGGACUGUUCUGCCCAUUUCUUUUCUGAAAGAGUGCUACUGCAGAUUAAAAGAAUCUUCUUUAGCAAGAGGAAGCUGAUGCAAAUACGUUAAUGUCAUAUUUCACAUUUUUCUGGGAUGAACUGCUAAAAGUGGCAUUAAGUUCUGGUGUUGCUCAUGUUAAAUCCUUUAGAUAAAACUUUAUUCUAGUUGGAGCAUCCUGUGAGCAGAGUAUCACUCCGGGUAAACUCUGGAGAGCUGGAUGACAAUGUCUUCAGUGUAUCUGACAUUUCAGGUUUAUGUGAUUGCCAUCUUAGAUACUUGGCAAUCUUUCUGUUCAAAAUUUUAACUAUGUUUUUAAAGAAGACUUAUGCAAGUUAAGAUUACUAAUUUUUUGAAGGCUUUCUCCUAAUUUUAAGUGCUCUUUAUUAUAGCUGUUGAUUCCGUACUUGCAUCUAGAGAUCCUUGUGCACAGGGUGCAUUUAACUCUAAUUUUGCUUUGAUUGUUUACAGUUUAAUUAGAAGAUUAAAAUAUGUGUACCUACCCUUUAUUGAGUAUAAUAAUACUUUUUUCUGUUUUCAAUUAGCCAAGGAUCUUAUCCAAAUGGGCCUUUCAACAUGAACCUGUUGACAAUACCAAAACAAAGAUCAUCUUCAGUGACCCUGACUCAUAAUACAGGCUCCAGACGAGCUGGUAGGAUAAAAGCAUAUUACUACUUUAUAAUUAUAUUUUAGGAUAGAUAAUUUGUGGAAGUGUCUCUGGAGCAAUAUGAUUUUUUAAAAAUAACAGCACUAUAUAUCUCAUAAGAUUAUUUCAUUUUGUUAAGAUUUUCAUAAGCAUGCUAUCAUUAAGCAUCUAUCUAGUUGCUUGUUCAUAUAUGAUAUUGCAUGUUUUACAAAUGACUUGAAGACACUGGAUAUCAUCAUCUAUACUAAUAGCGAACUCAUAAUAUUAUAAACCACCUUGUGAUCCUCAGAUGAAGAGUGGUAUAGAAAUUUAAUAAAUAUCAAUAGAUAAAAUUAUCCAAUUGCCCAUUCUUGUGUAGCCAAAAUGUCACUGCUCAUGAACAAGAGGGCGGUAUCAGCAUGCUUGGUAAAACCCCAAGGUUUGCAGAAGUAUGCAAAAAACUGUGAAUGGGAAAACAGCCCCCACGACAGCAAAGUUAGGAAUUAGCAGUCAACAUGGAAUGCUGAUUGUGUUGGGAAGGUGAGAGGGCAGAACAUUGGAUGAGAGGAGGGAGUGGAAUGGAGUACUAGAGAAAAGGGCAUGGCCGAUUGGCUGGAACUCUGAACAAGAAGACUUCACACUGCAACAUUUUGUUGAAGGUCUCACUUGUAUAAUAUCUGUCCUGCAUAUUACAAAUAAUGACAGUUAUCCAGAAAACUAUGUUACCAAUUGCAUACCAGGCUGGAGUAGGGUUGACCCACAUUGUGUAGCAAGCAACUACAAAUCAAUAGAGCAGCCAAAGUUGAAAUACUGCUUACCGUUCUGGUUACCACACCUCGAAAAUUAUAUUGUAGAGCUGGAAAGGGUGCAGAAAACUGCAAUCAAAAUUAUCAAGGAACUGGAGCAAUCCAUCUAAGAAAAAAGGUUGUAGUGUUUGCGCAUUUUUAGUUUAGCAAAAAGGCUAGUAAGAGAAGACAUGAUAGAGGUGUAUAAAUUAUGCCUGGUGUAAGUUUUCUUUCUUACUGUAAAUUAUGCCUGGUGUAAGUUUUCUCUCUUGAAUGAAUGUCGGAAGAUGCAGUGCAGACUAAAUACAUGCUAUUUUACACAGUGCACAAUUCAGCUACAAACUUUGUUACUGCAAGAUGUGAUGGCCACCAGCUUGGACAGCUUUAAAGGUGAAUUACAGUAGUCUGAUUCAUGGAGGAUAAGGCUUUGAAUACCAGUUGCUGGUGAUUAGAAGCAGGAAACGUAUCCUGCAUUUGGGCUUCUCAUAGACAUCUGCUUGACCCCUAUAAGAAGAGAAUCUAAGUUUUUUGGUUAAACAAUAGCCAACGGAGAGAUUCUGCAGCAUAUUACUUCCAGUGUAUGUGUGAUUCUGUUAUCUGCAAGAGCUAUGAGAUAAGAUACAUUUUUGUUUUUGUCAGUCAUCUUUUAUUUUCUGGAAAAUUUAAGGCACUGUUCUUAAAUAUGCACAAGUUGCACUUUAAGAUAUAUUUAUGACUUCCAACAUUUUAUGCCUCUGUUUCCUUUAGGAACUUCUCCAAAUCUAAGUCCUGUGGCCUCAUCAAGUAAUGGAUUUCUGUCAAGUGUGUACCACCGGUCACCUGUAGAAUUUCCUGAUACUGCUGAUUUCCUUACUAAGUCAAGUGUUAAUAUGCAUAAAUCUGUGGGAUGCACGGUUAGUCCUUCAGAUUAUCAGCAACAACUUAGAACAUCUUCACAUUAUACAUGUAGUAGGUAAUGCUCUCUUUUUAUUUAAUCAGUGAUUCAUGUGUCAUCAGAAUAAAAUUUCUUAUCAUAUACUGUCUUGGAUAUUUCUUUGGUAGAAGACUGAGAGGGGCCAUUAUUUCUUAACUGCUUCUUAAGUACUCUUUUAUCUCAAUACUUGAGUUGUGCUCUCACCACUCUCAAUAUAUUGUGUUUUUGGGCUGUUUUUCCUCCUGCUUAAAUAAUCUUUCCACCAUGAGGAUCCUAUAAGCAGCCAGCUGUAAGAGAAAAGAUUGCAUGACUGCUCUUUAUGAAUCUUCCUGUUUUGUAGACAUUUGUACCUAUAUACUAUCUGUGAAUCUGUGUGGGACACCGACACUUGAAAAAAUAAUAAUAGAAAAGAGUCUUGGACCUCUAAGCCUUCUUGGAUACAGCUAAAAUCUCAUGAUUGUGAACACUGUAUAAAAGCUGCUUCAGUGAUAUUCUAUCAGUGGUUUAAUGGAUGUUUCUGCACACAAGACUUAAGAAAAGUAUUCAAAAAUAGAAAUUAGAAAUAACUGUUUUAUUUUUCUUAAGUUGUGGACGACAGAUAUUCAAGUCUGUUGCAUCCUCAUUAUCUGAAUCUGCUACAGAACAUCAGAGUCAAAAAUCAGGUGGGAUUAUGAAUUACACCUAUAAUUUAUAGUCUUUGUUUUAUUCCUCCCCCCAAAAAUGAACUUGUAAUAAGAGUAAAUAUUCCAGAUCUGUUGAAAUAGAGAACUUGACUUCAAUCAGAUAUGAAAAUUGUAUGCAAAUAUUUUUAUCUAUUUUGUCACAACUUUAGCCAUACUUAAAAAAUACAGCUAUAUAUGUCUGAAGUAAGACAACUAUUUUAUGUUCUUCAAAGCAUUUUUAUCUUGCUCUUUAGCCAAAAGAAGUUCCCAGAGCAACUUACAAAUGUCAUUAUUUUCACAUUUCUGGAAUGACAAAGUAAAUGAAUAUAUUUUUCCUUUUGAUUUAUUCAUGGUAUUACAGAGUUUUUGUUAUGUUGUCCCUCUCUCAUUUUCAUAUAUCAUAUCCUUUCUUUUCUUUUUUAUUGCACUUGUUUUCUUGUAUCAGAAGCAAGGAUGUUUGACGUGUAAUGGUGUUUGCUAUAUAUUGUUAUGAGAUAUUGAGAUAUAUAUAUAUAUAUAUAUAUAUGAAUGGCAAUCCAAGUGCUUGUAGCAUGCUUACAAUCUAAAAGCAUGAAACUAAAGGGAGUGGCAUUGGGAAGGACGAAGAGAAAAGCAAACUUAGCUAUAGAAUAUUUGCAAUGAAAAGCUGGAAUGGAAGUAUUCCAAGGAGUGCAGGAGCCUAAAGUUGCUGGUCUUUCCGCAGAGCACAUAGAGUGGCUCUCUCACUCUCUCCUAUAGGCUAAUGGAAUAGCUACUAUAGCUGGGAGUUCAGGGAGGAACUGAUGAAGCUGGCCUGUGGUUGAGACUUAAUAAGAGCAAUUUUAAAAAUUCAUUUGAUCCCAUCUAUGAGUUGCUUCCCAUAAAAAAUUCAAAUAAAGCAUUAUGAAUUUUUGUUGUUAAAUUUACUUACGUUAAACUCACUGUAUUGUUUACAUUUCUUAAGGUGAAGAUGCAAAUAAUUCUAUUUCAAAAGACUCUGCUCACCUUAUAGAGAAAAAGCAGGAUGAUACUGAAAAUCACUGUCAUCAAAUGGAUCAAACUAAUGUAAGGUUAUCAUUGCAGUAAUACUGUAGUGAUGCAAUUCAUGUUUUUAAUAGAGACAUACUAUUUUAUUGCAACGUGCUGUAUUUUAUUUGUUUUAUAACAUUAGUGCUUCACAUACAAUAUUCUGAACUAGAAUUAACUUUCAAAAUGUCUAGAAUUAACUUUCAAAAUGUGAAAACUCCGUAAAAACAUGGGUUAAAAGCAUGAUAAAUAUAGGAUUCAGAACAUAAAGUAGCUUUUUAUUUUCUAUAUUCCAAUACCCAACAUGUGGAGAUAUGACUUCUCCAAGUGAUCACCAGGCACAACCAAAAUCAUGGUUGAGACCUGCUGUCUUUAUUAUAAUUCUUGGUUUGUUUUAAACAUAUUUUAUGCAGCAAUAAAACUGCUAAUCAGGGUCCAGUAUGGUUUCACAUUGGAUGGGGGACUGCAUGUUGAGAUUCCUGGACUGUAAGGGGUUGGACUAGAUUACCCGUGCGGUCCCUUUCAACUCUACAAUUCUAUGAUUAUGUAUAGUGUUAAUUCUACCAGUGUUUAAUUAUAAUUUAAUGAUUGAUUUUUCUAUGUUUUAAGUAUUCUUGUUUUCAUAUGUAAGCUGACUUGAGUCCCAUUAGGGGGUGGGGUGGGGGUGGGGUAUAAAAUCUUCUUCUUCUUCUUCUUCUUCUUCUUCCUCUUCCUCUUCCUCUUCCUCUUCCUCUUCCUCUUCCUCUUCCUCUCCUCCUCCUCCUCAUAUCAUCAAUAAUUUUUGUUAGAUCUCUGCGCUCUUCCAAACUCUACACAUAUUAUAUCAUUGAUGCCCAUAUAGGCACUUUUCUACAGCAAUAGUAUAUUAUCUGCUUAUGUUUUGUUGAUGGAGCAAAUACUUCUUUUUCGGCCCUUCUCCACAGUUCUGCUCCAGCAGAAACCCAGGAUGGUGACAGGAAGACAGCUGUGUUCAUGAGGUUCCUAUUGGGCCUGCUGUGGUACAGCCCCCCCCCCUUUCUAACCUGUGCCCAUUAGGGAGGAUUGUGUGUAGCAAGUGAAAAGGGAAGACUUAGCUCCACAUCCAUCUCACCUUCCAGUUUAAGCAGAGGCGAGUGGAAAUAGAGAUACACUCAUACCAGAAGUCAACAUGAUCAAGAAGUACAAUUUCCUUUUAAGUAUAUGAUAGCUAUCUUCCCAUAAAAUAAUUAAGGAUGUUGUUUUACACAAAUAUCAGUAUCUGCAAAGAAGUACUAGUUCUUGUAACAUAUUAGUCUUUGCCCUAGCAUUGCUAACAUAGGCAAAGAUCACUGCUGGACAGUUAGUCCUCAUUUGGCAGUGGUGUCUGCAUCAUGGAUAUGAGCAUGAGGGUAUAGAAAACGAAACAAGAGAGAAGCCAAAUAAAAAAAUAAAGUACUAGAUCCACAGGUUCUUGAACAGCCAAGAGUAGAUGUUAGCUGCCAAAUAGUGCUCAAGAGUUACUACAGUUUUGUGCUGUGCUAAAGUCUCCUCAAAGCCCAGUUUGGCAGUCAGAAUAGCUGCUUGAAUGAAUGGGGCAGACUAGCGAAUAUUUUAGGGAUUCUGCUGGGAAAGUAAGACUAACAGAGUUUUAUGCAUUAUGAUAAUAGAGCAAUUCCUGAAAUUAUUUUAGAUACCACAGAUUUGGCUCAUGUUCAUUAUUCUGAUGUGACGUUAAAUGUUUUUUUGAGCCAGAGAUCUUGGGCGGUUGCUCCUGCACAGCAAGUAAUCAUUCUGUGGUUUUUAAAAACCCAGUGCUUCACAUUACAUAAAUUUGUCCCAGAGUAUCAGGAGGCAACCACCUUGCUGAAUCUAGGCCGGUCUGGAUUUGGUCAGUGCCUGGAUGGUUGUUCAUAUGGGCACCACAUGUAUGCUCCCUUGGAUGAUGGAAGAUAGGAUAUACAUGUUGCUAAAUAAAUCCUAUUUUGUAAACACUGUCUUACCUAGUUUGAUCAAGUUUAGCAAUGUCCAAUCAUAUGCAAAGUGAUUACAUUAACUAGCCUCAGAAGAUUGUGGACUUAUUUAAAUAUAAAACUAAAUGCAUAUAAUAAGUUAGUACUUUUAUAUGUUAUACUUUUCUUAUACAGAUGGAGACAGCUCCUUCAUUAGAACUGAUUCUAACAGAAGACCAUGAUUCAUUAAUGGAGAAGAUGAACAACUGGAAUUUCCAGAUAUUUGAUCUUGUUGAAAAAAUGGGAGACAAAUCUGGAAGAAUCCUUAGUCAGGUUGGUUGUUCCUAGAUAUAUGUCAUUUGUUACACAUGAACACCUUCUAGGCUGUGUGUGUGCUAUUAUAGAAUUAUGCUAUUUUUCUAAGCUUACAUGUGGAUAAAUGUUAAAUGUAGGAAAUGUUGUUUUGCAUUUAGAGAACUUUGGAAUAUCCCAAAGUGGGGAGGGAGGAUGUGGUGCCACUCUUAGUGUGUGUGCCCCCCAUCCCCACCCCAACCUGUCCUUUAUUUUGCUCAACCUGUCCUGUAUUUUAAAAGGUAGCGACCCUACUUUUAAGUCUUGAUUAAAAAGGAACGUAGAGAGCAUUCUGGAACUGUGUAUAGUAAACAUUCAGCUUCCUAUACUUGUGAAGAUUGUUUGUUUGUCACCUUUUUCAAAAAAUUACAUCAAAGGAACAUACAAAAACAAAGAUUUAAAAAUAGGUGUAAAACAAUAAUAAAACCCCCACUAAAAAUAUGCAGAGAAUUAAAUUCCAUAGGCCUGGGCAAAUAAAGAUGUUUUUACCUAGCAACUAAAAACAGACACUGAAGGUGUCAGGCAUCCCUCUCUGGGGAAAGCAUUCCAAAACUGGGGUGCCACCACUGAGAAGGCCCAUUCUCAUGUUGUGUCCCCGCCCCCCACUUUCCUCAGAGAUGGAACCUCGGAGGGCCUUGGGUGAAGAAUGCAGGGUGUGGGUUGGUUCACCUGGAGUCAGACAAUCUCCAGGUAGUGCCAGAAUUGGUGCUAUUUGUUCAGACCAUCUUACUCCAGUCAGCAAAAUUCUGCACCACCAGCAGUUUUCCAAGCUGUCUUCAAAGGCAGCUGCACCUAUAAUGCAUUGUACUACUCUAAUCUAGAGGUUACAGAGCAUAGAUAACAGAUGUUAGGCUAGCCCAUCCAGAUAGGGGCAUAGCUAGGCCCCCAGCCCAAGCUGAUCAAAAGCACUCUGCAUCUCUGAAACUUUUACCAACGAUGUAGUGGAUGCAGAAUGACACAAGGGGAUGGCAGAACAAACAGAUUAAUCUCUGCUGUUCUCCCCUCCUCAUAUACUUACUAGUCACAGUUCUGGUCAGCAGUGAACAUUAUUAAUGUUCAUGUAGAUGUUGUGCCAUACUGUAGUCAGGAACUUAGAAAAUGGAGUGGGAGUUGCCAGAGGAGAUUCAACGCAAUGUUUAAAAUAUAAAUAGUUGCAUGUAAGCCUAAUAAAUAACACACAUUCUUGUGAAUUAUACACAGAAUUCUUUUAGAGAGCAGUAAUUAGAUGGUUUUUACCAAUUAAUAACUAAACCUCUUUGGUUAGGAAACCUCAAUAAUUGGUUAGUAGUAAAAUUGCAUUAGGUUUUAACUUAAGAAAUCCAUAGCUUGAUCUGCUUGUGUAAGGUGAACCACUGAUCUUUUCCCUAUACCACAUCCCAUAUUGUAGAGAGGCUCUUCACCCUCAGGAGCAGUUUUUGGAGGACAGAGGGGUUUGCUAUGUUGAGGAGUAAGUGAGAAAGCCUGUUCUGCUAGUGCUUCUGCUUUUUGGAUGCAGACCUAACAGCUUUAUCCACUUCAUUGUUUAUUUAUAUGUGCCAUCCUAACAUUCUUAGUAUUCUAUAUAUUUGAUCCUAAUAUUUAAUUAUUAUUUUUAAAAAAUCUAGUUUUCUUUUAAAAGACAAAAUGUAAAACCUAAAAAAAGGAAGCAUAAAUAAUUGUAUAUUAACUUUCCUUACAAUAAAAAUAAUUAUAUUCUGUGUUCAGGUUGCAUUCACAUUGUUUCAAGACACUGGUUUAUUUGAAAUAUUCAAAAUUCCAACUCGGCAAUUCAUGAACUACUUUCAGGCACUAGAAAAUGGUUAUCGGGACAUUCCCUGUAAGUAAUACCUUACAACAUUAGGAUUAUUAUUUUUUUCCUUUAAGCCACACUGCGUAGUUUAUCAUGUUAGUCCUAUUUUCAAAUAUCUGAUGCUGCAAUGUAAUGCUAUGAUAAUGAUGGCUGGGUUUCUUUUAUUAAUAUUUUUCAUACGUUUUGGAAGAAUAACAAUAAAUAGAUUUAAAUUGCUAAUAAUGUGAUAACAAAAAUGGAUAAAAUGAACUGUAUGCAUGUAAAUCAUUUGCUAGCUUCGUAAAUACAAGGAUAUAUUAAUCAGUCUUGUAGAAAGUUUAAUGCUGAAACUUUUAAAUAACUUGGACUGUCUUUUAAUUUUUAUUCUUUAUUCUUUCUCACAUACACCAUCAGUAUUCAAACCCAUCUAAAUAAACUCCCCACUCCCACAGUGUUAGAAACCAAGAUAUGACAGCUAGGAGCUAAAUGGCACCUUAUGGGCGCAACCGCGCUAUUUUAUAACAAGAAUACAAAGCUGAAAAUGAAUGAACUGCAGCUAAAAUAUUAUGUUCAUUUUUCACAUGUUCUAGACUUUCCCCUGCCCACCCCCUUAAUAUUCUUAAGAGGGUCUCUUCUCCAGUCUUCAGAGAGUAGCUGGAAGUGGGGAGGCAGAAAAAAUGUCCUUCUAUUCUUCCACUCUGCAGUUUUAAUCUGAAAUCUUAGGCACAGUACUGUGCCCAGAGCUCAAAAACUGCUCACCCCAAUUAAAUUCUCUGUCACAAAUGUGCCUAGAACAAUGGGAGUUUCAAACAUUGUCCUCCGAUUCAAGGAAUUUUAGCAAUUUUAGUUUUCUUGGUGGUAUAAUGCCAGGGGAUUUCUGACAGAAUUAUCAACAGCCACCUUAAAUAUUCACAUAUCUAUUUCUCUUAUUGCAGACAAACUUUAAUUUUGAAACAACUCCUACCUGCUUCUUUAACUCUUCCUUCACUCUACCAUGCCAUUAUGCUUGUCUGCAACAUUGUUGAAAUAUUCUUGAAAAACUUGUGUGGAAGAUACUUUGAGAAAUAGCUCAAAUAGCUUAUUUGUAGCAGCUAAUACACCCCAUGCUGAGCUUUUUUUGGCACAUAAUUGUGGGGUUUGAGUACCUUUAGAAUGUUGACACAUUUGUCACUCACCCGCCCCCCUGUACUGUCAUUAGAGGAUGGGGGACCUUUCUGGCCAGUAGGCCAGAUCCUUAUCUCCCCUGGAGGAGGGUGCAUGGGGCCAUUAAUCUGUCAAUCAUCUGGUGAUUUGGAGCCCCAGUUGCCUCAAAUGGGGGGUGAGGUGGGGAGGAUGUCUGAAAGCCCUAUGUAAAAGGAAGAAGUCCUGUGUGCAGGCAAUGCUGUCAAAGCGCCAGAUUUUUUACCCCACCAGUAAGGAAGUGUAUGAACUUUCAGAGAACAGCUGGCUGUGAAUUACAAGAAAACUAAAGUCAUAGUGUUUUCAGGAAACUAUAGGGCCCAUAGACGCUAUAUGGAUAAUCAGUUGAUUAAACAAGUUAAAAGUCUUUAAAUACCUUGGCCUUAUUUUUCAGUCAACAGGGUCAUGGGGAGCACAUCAGAAAUAUGCAAAGGAAAAAGCAUUUCAGAGUGCCAAGAUUCUGACAUGCUUUUUCCAUACGAAAGGUGGCAAUCACAUACCAUCAGCACUUAAAAUAUUUAAAGCUAAACCCCCCUAGCACAGUUAUUAUAUGGGGCUCAAAUUUGCAUAGGCGAUCGCCUUUAAUCUACAGAAGCUGUUCAGUCUAAAUUUCUAAGUGCUUCACUGCUAGCAGGUUACAGAUGGUAUGUUUAGUUUAUAUUAUGAUAACAUUUGGAUUUAAUUAAAAAAACUUAUUUUAGAUCACAAUCGAAUACAUGCAACAGAUGUUCUUCAUGCUGUUUGGUAUCUUACAACAAGACCAAUUCCUGGAUUUCAGCAACUAUAUAGUGAUUCUAUAACUGGAGCAGACAUUGGUAUGUGACUUCGUUUGGUCUUCCACAGAGACACCCCCCCCCCCAAUAAUAUAAAAUGAAUAUAUUUGAAGUGGAGGAAAUGUCUCCUAUUUUUUUCUCGUAUUACUUGUAGAUUUCAUGGUUGAAAGAUAGAACUAACAGUCUAUGUCAUUUACAAGCACUGUGUGUCUGGUUUUAGGAUAAUUGAUUGAAUAAUUGCUGACAUGCUUUGCUUCCUAGCCAAGGAAACUGUUUCACUUAGAUCUCUUAUCCAGAAUGAGACCUAUAUCUUCCUGCAGUGGUCAGCAUGUUUCUAGCAACUAAAAUACAUUAGGCUAAUAUUUCUUUAUUUAAUUAAGAAAUGAAACGUCUCAGACUAAAAAUACCUAAGGCUAAACUAUUUAACUUAAUUAGAGCUUUUCCUAAUUAUUCCAAUGUAAAAAUGAAAUAGUCCUGAACAUUCAAGGUCUUACUUUAAUUAAUAUAUACUCAUCUUAAAAUGUUCAGUUAAGUUUAACCCAGUAUGACUUAAAGGAAAUUGUUUAGCCUUAGUUUUACACAAUAGAAAUAGUAAUAGUAAGGCAAUAUUUUUUAAAAUUAUGUGUUCUUUAUAUAAUAAAAGCAUCAUAAUAUCUUUGGGCGGGGGACUUGAAUCGCAUGUGUGUCUUAGAAGGAAGUAUUUAUUUCUGAUGCAUCGCAAUUACACGGGAUCAUUCAGAUACAAGAAAUACAGCUUUUUUAAAUUUAAUUUUUAAAAUUUAAACUCAACACAGUGAAAUCUGUUCAUUGAUGGGUUUAACAUAAAUAUUUAUGAAGAUGCUAUCGCUGAAUAUUCUUAAAAUGUAAGUUCAUGUCUGUUAUUUCCCCAGAUACAGAAGAUGAUAUUUCAGCUGACCGAGUUGCCUUUAUUUCCUCCAGGAGUUGUGCUAUGGUUGAUGAAAAUUAUGGAUGCUUAGCCUCAAAUAUUCCAGCCUUAGAAUUAAUGGCUCUUUAUAUUGCAGCAGCUAUGCAUGAUUAUGAUCAUCCUGGCCGUACAAAUGCUUUUCUGGUAGCUACAAAUGCUCCUCAGGUAGGAUGUUUGGUCUUCUGGAAAGUUUCUGGUAUUCAAUUCGAUUCCUGAAAUUUAGCAGACACAUGCAUUAAUAUUUGCUGACUUUUAAAUGUGUUUGAUAGAUGGGUACUGUGCUAAAGGAAAUCAUGCAAAAUCAUAUAUUCCCAAACACAUCAGAACAAACAAGAUUAAUAGUAAUACACAUAUACCUCAUCAGUGUUCCAAUUAUAUAGUCUUACUGCACUUUUAUAACAGGAUUUUAAAACAUAGCUGAAUGUAAUAGCAAAAAAGAUAAACAUUGUAAUAGGAAAUUCCAUUCUGAAUAGCCAAGCAGGCUUCAUAAAUGAAAAUUGCAUUCAAACAUAAGAAAAGUUAUAAAUGCAAUACAUAACAUAAAUAAAACUGAUAAACCUUACAAUAUAGUUUUGCUCAAGAAAGCUUUUGAUUGCCUGGAAUGGGAUUUUCCCCAGUUGGCACCAGGACACUACGAAGUGCGUAAUAUUGUUCCUCCUGUUGCUUGAGGCAGGAAACCUCAUCAUAUCAGCUUUUGAAAAUACCCGGCUAGGAUUUGAUUUUGUAAUACUGGAUUAAAUAUACCGGUAACUGAUUUAUAGGGCCAUCCUUUGGUUAAUUGCUUUGACUGUUUUGAAGGGGGAAGGAAUGGGUUUCUGUGCAGUCAGUUUGAAACUGACCCAAAAUCCCCAUUUUUCCUUCUCCAAGGGAGCAUUUCUAAAAUGCUCUAAUAAGGCUACAGUUUAAAUAUUUUGAAAACAUUUGGAGGAAAUAUCACAACCACAGUUCUUCCCAAUAUUUUCAGGUACAACAAACUGCCAGCAGAUUAAUUGUAAAACAUGGACCUGCUUAUACAUUAAUUUUGCUCUGAAUUAUCUCUGGAGUCAGAAAUUUUAUUUGGUCUAUACAUUUUUGUGAAAUGUCAAUCUUUAAAGGAUGUGUAUUAAUUUUGCAGGCUGUGCUGUACAACGACAGAUCAGUUCUAGAAAAUCAUCAUGCUGCCUCUGCAUGGAGCCUCUUCUUAUCUCUGCCAGAAUAUAACUUUUUGCCUAAUCUUGAUCAUGUACAAUUCAAGCGAUUGCGAUUUUUAGUGAUUGAAGCAAUUCUUGCUACAGAUCUUAAGAAACAUUUCGAUUUUCUUGCUGAAUUUAAUGCCAAGGUUUGUAGCCCAAGUUUAUGCCUGCAUGCAGGCUAUAUACCAUAAUGAUUAAAACUUAGCUUUACAUAUUUAGUUACCGUAUUUUUUUCGUGUAUAGGGUUCCCCCCCCCAAAAAAAAUAGGUUUAAAAUUGGGGCUCUUCUUAUACACGGGUAGUGCUGGGGGGAUGUUUUCUUAAUUUGGAGUCCCCCAAAAUAGGGACCAUCUUAUACAUGGAAAAAUGUGGUAAGUUUUUUUAACCACUGAGUCAAAAAAAUCUUUUAAAGUGAUGUACAGAAUUAUAAUAAUUAUCCACAAUAUGCAGAUAAGCUUAACAGAAUUUACAUUUGCAUGCAUUUGCUGAAAUAAUUUUUUUUAGCAAGCAUGCAGUACUAUAACAAUAGUAUUCGUAGGCCAGAAAUUUCAAAGCAUGGAUGCCAUACUGAAAUAUUAAUUCCUCAUAGAUGUGGAACAAACAUUAUAUGGCACUGAACUGCAGAUCAAGCAAGCAGUCAGGUAGGUACAUGAGGGAAGAUUAUUCUCCCAGGCCAGUGUGUCUACAACAGCAGCCUAAAGCUGCUAUUUUCCAUACACUUACUAGAGAGGGAGACCCAUUGAACUGGGAGUCAUGAAUAGUAUUGAUUGUUUUGCACAAUGUAUAAAAUAAAUAAUGCUCUUCCUUAUAUGAUGAAUGGCAAGUCCACUGAAUCUAAGUCUGAAAGAAAUAGACUGUGGACAUUAGUAAACCAAAAUACUAAAAACUGUUUUUUCUUCCAAACAGGCUAAUGAUGUAAACAGUCAUGGUAUAGAAUGGAGUAAUGAGAGUGACCGUUUAUUAGUGUGUCAGAUAUGCAUCAAGCUUGCAGAUAUCAAUGGUCCAGCAAAAGUUAGAGAUCUGCACUUGAAAUGGACAGAGGGCAUUGUCAAUGAAUUUUAUGAGCAGGUAGGCCUGGGAAAUCAGAAUUUUUGAAAGAUUUGUACAGUUUAAAGAAUUCUAUUCAUAUGUUUUAGUUAUAAACUCCCAUUGUUUUAGGCACAUUUUGCAACGGAAUUUCAUUAGGGAGAGCAGUUUUGAGCUCUGGGCUCACCGGGGUUUUAAAAUGCUGGGGUGGGUGGGAAGAAAGCCCUUGUCCCCCCCAGCCUUCAGAAGAGGUCGGGGGACAGACUGUCCCCGGACCUGGUCUGAAGUCGGUUUCCCUAGGAACGCAUUAAUUGAUUUUCAAUGCAUUCCUAUGGGAAACCGUGCAUCGCAAGACGAAAAACUCGCAAGAAGAAAAAACUUGCGGAACGAAUUAAUUUCGUCUUGCGAGGCACCACUGUACUGCACCUAAGAUUUCAGAUUAAAACUGCAGAAUGGAAGGAACAGAGGACCUUUUUCUGCCUCCGCACUUCCAGCUACUCUUUGAAAACUGGAGACUCUCUUAAGAUUAUUAGGGGGGUGGGCAGGGGAAGGACUAAACCAUGUGGAAAAUGAACAUAAUAUUUUAGCUGCUGUUCAUUCAUUUUCAGCUUUAUAUUGUUAUAAAACAGCAUGCCUAGACUUUCCAUUGUUGCGCCCAUAACCAAGGUUUAAGGUGCCAUUUAGCUCCUAGCUUUCAUAUCUUAGCUUCUAACACUGGCUAUUGGCAUAACUAUAGCUUAGUAGGAAAAGUGCAACUGUAUCCAGUUGUAUCAUGAUGCAAAAGUCUGUUUUCAUGACCAAUGAUUACUGGCUAUCAGCAUAUGGCAGCUGUAGAUUUAGACUGUAGCUGUAGACUUAUUUAAAUAUUGUAUUUACAUGCUGGGUGUGGCACAAAUCAGCUUUAUAUAUUCCAUGACUGCUGCUUAGAAAGUGUGAUUACAGUGUAGUUUCAUAAGGAAAUAUCUGCUGAUAAUAUGUUCUUUGUGAUGCUCUAUAAGACUAGAACAAAUGUAACACAACUCCUUAUUGAAAUAUUGGCUGUUUGUUUUUGUUUUAUGUGCUCCAGUUACCAAACUUUGCACUGAUACCCAAUCUUUUCUAAGUGUUUGUAUUUAUGAAUUUACAGGGAGAUGAAGAGGCAAGUCUGGGAUUACCCAUUAGCCCUUUUAUGGAUAGACGUUCUCCUCAACUUGCAAAACUUCAAGAAUCUUUUAUUACUCAUAUUGUUGGUCCUCUCUGUAACUCUUACGAUGCAGCUGGCUUGCUUCCAGGCCAGUGGAUUGAUCAAAAAGAUGAUGAUAUGGAAAGCUCUGAAGAUUAUGAUGAAGAAGAGUUGGACAGUGAAGACGAUGAGAUGGAAGAUUUAAGCACAAGUAAGUCUAAAUACUUAAACUACAUACAGAAUUUUAAAUGGAUUUGGAUCUAGUUAACUUUUUACAUUUGUUGAAAGCUGCCCAGAGUAGCAGAUGGGAGGCAUAUAAAUCCAGAUCCAGAUAUCAUAGUAAAAUAUCACCAUUACAAGUAUCUAUAAAGGGUAACAUUCAAAGCUGCUUGAGUGAACUUUCCCCAUCUUCUCUUCCUCCCUGAACACCAGCAAUCUGUUUGAUAGAGUCCCCUGACCCUCUGGAACAUAUCUUGGGGGUGCAUGUGAGGCUGCAGGUGAGAGGGAAAGCCCCAUUUCACCAGCAGAAUUCCCUUGGAUCUGUGCUGCUCAUUCAAACAUUGCACCAAAUUCCUUCAUAUUUCCAUUUCCAGUUAAAAGGUUCCAUUACUCCCCAGGUCCUUUCUUCCUGCCAUCUCACAAAGCUCGUCUUUCAUCAUCAUUCUGAGCACACAGACCAUUCUCCUUUAACCUUUAAGCGCAUCCUGCUCCCUGUUUAAUCAGCUUGAAUGCCUGACAAAGGUGUAUUCAUAGCCAUUCAGGUUGGUUCAGUAUCACCACUUUCCUAAGCAUAAGGUAAGUGUUUCAUACUUGUUUAGCCCUCUUUUGAAAAAUGGCAUUUCCCUCUUUUGCAGAACUACAGAGAAGAAAAAGCAGGCAGCGAAUAUUUUGUCAGCUGAUACACCAUUUGAAUGAAAAUCAUAAAGUAUGGAAGAAAGUAGUUGAAGAAGAAGAACUAAAUAAAUCAGAAGAGAGUAAACAGUCAGAGAAUACAUCCUUAUGUCAAGCAGAUGAAAUUCAGGUUAUUGAAGAAGCAGAUGAAGAAGAGGAACGACAUCAAGGAGCAGAAAAAACAUUUUAAGAAGCCUUCAGAAUGAUGUACAGUACUGCUCCAGAAAUAAUGUAUUAUUUCACAUAAUGCUGACUUUAGACUGACACGGUGAACAUAACUGUAAGAGAGAUUUGAAUACUGUGAAAGGACAUAUUUUCUCUUAACAGUAUCCCACUCCUAUGCACUUUUACCACAUGGAAUUUGAAAACUUUAUUCAAAGGUUGAAUAUUGCAUUCCAUGAUGCAAAGAUCUUAUGCCCAAGGUGGUGUUCAAAUACCUUGUUUUGCUGUCUUGCUGAAAACAGCUUCUUAAUAUUAAAGUAGUAUAUACCAUUUUUGAGAAAAAAAUUUUAGCUGCCUUAUUUUACAAAGUCACCAGAAGUAUUUUGUUUAUAGGACCUACCGGUAAUUGGGCUGAAUACCAAUACAUGUUUUGGAAUUUGUAUUUUAUUUUUAAUGUGGAUUCAAAAAUCACUGUUUCUUAUUUGUCAGUAUGAAUAUUACAGUUUACACCUGUUUGAUUUGCAAUUGUUUUAUUAAUGAAGUUUUCUUGGAUUGAUUUAACCAUUAGAUGACUGCAAGCAGAAUAGAUAAAUUCUGGAUUUUGUGGUUAAAAUUUUAUCCCAUGUGCAUCAAUUUGAUGCUUUUUACUGUGGUGCACAACCUGCCAUUUUAUUUUUUGGGGGGAAAUGUUCAGGUUUGCAGUGAAUAUCCAGGCUAGUUUGCUAAAUAUACACCUGUUGCCUUGUUUUCAUUGUUCUGUAAUAGAACACAAAAGCUAUCUCACUUUUGAUAAUGAAGGGACUGUAUUAUUUUAGUCAAUAAUAUUAUAAAUAUGUUCCACUCUUACUCAGGAUUCAUGUUUAGAAACAUGACACAACAGAUUUUAUAUUUACAAUAUUGUGCUAAUGCUAGGUGUUCGUUUAAAAAAGAGAGAGUCUACUUUUUCUUUGUAUGUAAACCUUUGAAGAAUUAAAAGAUGGUUUUCUAUAAACAAUUGUUGUUCUUCACUUUGCAAAAUAAGAAGCACACGGUAAAUAUU